GCUGUGAGCUCUAUCUCAGGGAGACUCCAUGAUAUGAAAAGUCUGGAAUAGACAACUUCGCUCUGACUAAGGAACUAGGGAUGUUCCAGUCCCGGCUUGGCCUUUGUUAUGAUGGAAGAGCUCAGAUCUUCAGAAAUGAGGCCACCUCACCGAUUCCUCACAAAUGAAGAGCCAUUUUGUCAGGUGAGUGAGGCCUAAGCUACUGAUGAAGUAAACUCAGCCUCUAUGACACCACUUAAUGUUGACUUGGGCAGGUAAUGUUGUCCAUUGCUGGUUGCUUGACAGCUUGGCUUUCUCCUAGCCUCUGAGGACUACCUAGAGUACACUGAAUCCCCAAGCCCUCAUUGCAGAAGAUAAAAGGCUGGAGAAAGGUAUCUAAGAAGCCGGGUUUAAAAAUGGAAAGAUUAUGAGGACAAGAAGUCAUUGGUCUUGGGUAGCUGAGAUAGUUGAGUCUCACUAAGCUUGGCCAUGAGCCAACUGUAGGCGGUGUGGAAAGAGAUGGAAUGUUAACUUUUAUGUUUGGUGGAACUUUUACGUUUAUAUAAGUUGUAAGCAGCUUUGAGAUUUCCCCCCCUUACAAAUAUAAAGCUGUAUAGAGUAACAUUGUGGGCAUCUGUCUGUCACAAAAGACAAAAGAUGUCCCUCAAGGCAGAGGGUAAAAGCAGUAUAGAAAUGAUGAUGGUGAUAUUAAUAAUAAUAAUAAUAAUAAUAAUAAUAAUAAUAAUAAUUUCAACUCAGGUAGGAUAGUGCACUAUUAGUGCAGUCCUCACUGGCCUGGGGUGCUUCCCCACUAGACGUUUACAGCGGAACUCCCACCCACUAGAAUUGUGCUCUUCCAGACAACCCGUGUCUUGAGCAUUAACCCUUAUUUGCUUGCACAAAGUUUCUGUGAAUGUCAGAUUGUACUUGGUCUUUACUGAGCAUUUGUUCCAAUAUAUUUGCAGAGAGGUUAUAUGACAAUGAAUAGUCACUCUGAUUUGCUUGUGGGGCAUUUAUUCAAUUUGCCCUUCAUUAUUUGUUCAUUCUGCACACUUUUCAGUGCACUGCCAUCACUUUCCUAACUACAAAUAGUAAAUUUUAAUUUUUUUAAAGGGGAUUUACUGUUCUAGGGGCAACAGAAUGAUUUAAUUCGCUUCAGUUGCACAAAUUUACUGGUAUACACUUGGAUCUCUUCUACAAAAUACUGGGUUUGGAGGCAUCCUUUGUUCAGUCACUUUUUAUGGGGUAUCAACAUGACAUCAUAAUCACAUUGUUGUCCUCUUGUGUGUCCCCUCUCUCCCAAUGUUCUUUCUAUCUUUUAGAUCUUAAAAAAACAGUAGUCCAACAUCUCUACAGGUGUAGAUCACCUUGAUGCUCCUUUUCCAUCCUUUUGAAGAAAUGUGGUUUUGAUGUGCACAAUAACAAACUAGAUAGAUGAGCCAGUUUAGCAUCAUGUUAAUUGUUCCUCUCUAAUCUGGCACUAAAACACUUUUUAAUUUACCUUUCAGAAAAGGCAUUGUAUUUUUAGCAUUUCUUUGUUAAAUUUGUGCCGUAGAAUCAUAGAAUUGUGGUAUUAAUUAUCAUUAAGGUCUUCUAUGAAACAAAUAACUUUAUUUAAACAAGCUUUCUUUAACUCCUAACUCUCUCUGAACAUCCUGCUCUCUCUUUUUAUACUUUCUGUGCUGAAUCACUUCCCGGUAGCUGUUCCCUUAACCUGUGCCUUCCCUGUGUGUCUCCAAGUUUCUCUCCCUGACUGCUGUUCUAAGUCUCUUAUUCAGUUCCACAUUCUGUACAUUGAUAUAAUGGUGUCUUUCAAAAAGUGAUGUCAUUGAAUAUAUUGACACUUAGUACUUUUGAGUAAACAUGCCUAGGACUGCAAUGUUAUUUUUGUUUAUAAAAGCACACACACAUUAAUAAAAACAUAAUUUUAUAGGUGCGUAAGAUGCUUCCUUAUACCCUUAUUCCCUUAAUAAAUUAGCAGCAUCCAGUCUGCCACUCCUGAAGUGCAGGCCACAUGUUGGAAUUGUGGGGUGGAAAUAGAUAUAGAUCACCUGUGUGGGGUAAAUAAUAAAACAAUUGGCUGGAUCCGUAGGUCUAAAGCACAAGGCUAAACAUACUCUCUAUCAAGAGACCGCCCCCAGCAGUUUAAAAUCACAUAAUUACAAACUCCAAAGGCCAUAUUCAUGUGUUAUUCCAUGCAGCAGCAAGUAAACACAGGCAGAAAUAUUGGGAUACAAAAUAUAGUGAAAUAGCUCUAAGCACGGGGGCUGAGCUUGUAAAGAACAAGUUCACACAAGUCAAGUCAGGCUUACAAAGUGAUGUUAGACUGCAAUUCUGUUUCAGAUUUUAAGGGUGCACCAAAAUGCCCUUUUAUCACGUUGAAUUUCAUGUUAAUUUUGUCCCUCAAGAAUAUUUCUUUUCAUGCUUCCUUCUCUCAUAAUUCUGAGCUAGGGCUUGUUAUUAUGCAGUUUUAUACAUGUCUACUCAGAAGCAGAUUCCCAUUUAGCUCAAUGAGAGUUACUCCCUGGGAAGUGUACACAACAUUGUAGCCUUAGACUGAAAACCUAAACACACUGGGCGAAUUAUAUUCACAGUAGACCCAUUAAAAUUAAUGGCCGCAAUUCAUUUGGCUCCAUGAAUUUCAGUGGGUUUACUCUGAACUUAGUUCACUGCAACCCACAUACUAGAAAGUGAGCCUCAUUGAACAUAUUGACACUUACGCUUGAGUAAACAUGCCUAGGGAUGCAUAAAGGCAUAAUUUUAUAGCUGCAUAAGACAGUGCAGGAUUUCAAACAGGGUCUCUCUCAGCCCCACCUGGAUAUGCUGUGCAUUGAAGCUGUGAUCUCCUGCAUCCAAAGCACAGGCUGAACUACCACUGAGCUAAAUCCCAUCCUUUUCCCCAGUGUUUUCCCCCACACGUCCCUCAAUAAAUUGAUCCAGUUUUUAAAAAGUAAAAGGCAUGGAGCACGAAACCUUAAGACAGGGUGGUGCAGGAGUCAGAUUUAGCUUCUUGUGAAAGGAAUUUGCAGACAAAAGUAACAGUGUCCAAACUUACCAUUAAAAAUAAAAGAAAAAUAUCUGUUUAUUCUGGGCCAAGGACAAGACAACAGGCAAUUAGAGGGACAGUCCAAGACUGCUAACUUUUGCCUCUUUUGUUCAAUGCUUUGCAAGUCUUUGUGUUAAGUAUAAGUGGAGCACAGUGACAAAUCUUGGGGUACAGUGUGAGUCCCUAAAACUGAAUGCAUGUACCUGAAAAUCACAAGUUUGAAGUAAAAUGAAACCAUACGGUAAAAAAGAGUGGGGAAAUCUAUGGGUGGGUGGAAAUGCACUUUUCCUUCCCUUCCUGCCAAAAUCUUCUAAUGCAUAGCCUUCUCAGUCUAGUCAUGCCAAUGGCUAGCGUUUGUCAGCGAACUUGUUGAGGUCUGGUCAAUAUAUCCUAAACUUUGCCUAGAGCAACCCUGACACAUUUACACAAUUCCGUAGACUCUGCCGGUUAGAUGAACGUGUUGCACAAAUUAAUAACAGAUGGGUUUCUGGAGUUUGUGUGAGCUGCUAUGCUCCCAUGGGCAAAAGGUGCUUAGGAACAUUGGGAGGUGACAGAGUAAAUUGUUGCAGCAUUACUUCCCUGUAGGUGUGGCUGUAAUUAAUUUUGUCUGAGGCCAGCUUAGCUUGCAUACGAGCCAAACCAUGAGGGGUUCUGGGUGCUGAUAGCAGAGCCUGCUUGUUGAUAUCUUCAAAUUCCUCAAGAAUCUUCUUUCUCUGCUUAAAAAGCGUAAAAAAGCUGAGUAAAAGAAAUCCAAGUGGAUUCUUAGAGCUUUGUCAACACAUGACAUACUUGUCACCUCAGUUUUCUGUUGCCCAGAAAGCUAAUGCAAAGCGCUGUGAAGAAGUCUGGAAUUGUUCCAGAUAUAACAGGGCAACCAAAAUAUCCCCAUAUUAGCCACUGGUGGAUAGUUGAUUUUAUGAUGUCUUUAACAUGAGUUAUUUGUUGGAUUGUCAUGUUAUGUCACAAAAUGAUAUGGGUCACAUCCACUUCACACAUUGAAAGCUCAGAGCUUUCCCAGAGAAUCCUGGGACUCUUAGUUUCCUAGAGGUGCUGGGAAAUGAAGCUCUGCAAGAGGUUUGACUACAGCUCCCAGGAUUCCAUGGGGAAAGCGAUGUGUCUUGAGUCUCGACUGUGUUUGAAAUGUCUGGUGUGAAUGUCAUCUUAGUAUUUUGUUACUGUAAUGAUAUUCUUAUCUGCAUUUUUGUUGUUCUGUUGUAAGUCACUUUCAGCACAUAUUUAUAUGGAAAAGCUGCAUACAAAUUUAAAUAUAUAGCUUGACUAUCAGCCUUGACAUAUCCUCCAUGAAUUUGUCAAUCCCCUUUAAAGUCAUCAAAGCUACUGGCCGUGACCACAUCCUUGUGACAGUGACUUCGAGGCAUUAAUUAUGAAUUGUGUGUAAAAAAACAACCAACCCCCUUUUUUUUGGCUGCAUUCACACCACAGUUUAUUCCAUUUGCCUGAUGUUCCCCUAACUAGUUAAUUUUUGUGUUAUAGCUGAACUGUCACACCACAUAAAAGCCACUACUGGAAAUAUAGCAGAAUAUAGUGCACGUUUAAUAUUUGUGGCCAUGUUAUUUGCUUCCAGAAAAAAAACCACAUAUGUAAAUAACAAGGAAAUGGGUGGGUGCUAAAUCUUCUACAGUACUAUAUUUCUCCAAGUGGUUUUUACACUGCGGGUGAGCUCAAAUAUACUGUGGAAAUUAACAAUUUGGGAAACAAAAUAAACACUGGGAAACAGUGUGAGUAAAACCUUUGUCUGUCCAGUAGCCACUGUCAAUCAGCUAGAAUCAUAGAUUCUAGCCUUUGAAGUUACCUAGCAAGUCCAGCCUCUUGUCUAGUGCAGGAUCCGCAACACAGGGCGAUGCAGCAGCAUCACUGACAGGUGGCUUUACAGCCAUUGUGUGAAGCUAUUUUCACAUGUAUAACACAUGAAGCGGGUCCUUGACAGAGGAAGAACUUCCCUCUAUCCACUUUGAACCUCAAGUGUAGUUUUAUAAAUUUGCUAACUAAUUUCAUUUUUGUGUAGCUACAAGGACACCAUUGUGGAAGCCUCACUGUGCUAACACACAUACACAUUAGAGACCCAGGUUGAGUUUUGUCACCAGACAAAAUAUUAGCCACAGGUAACAGGGCUUGCUGAAUCCAGACCAAGCUUUGUGUCUUCACUGGUUGUUGGUUUUUUUGUAGGAAUCCUACUCUGGCCAUUGAUUGAUUGCAUUUAUAUCCUACCUUUUUCUCUAGGGAGUGCAAGGUGAUGUAUAUGGCUCCCCUCCCAAUCCCAGGUCCUAGUCUGACACUACUCUACCACAUUGGCUUCCUCUGGCUACCACAGACUGCAGCCACUCCCAGAUGCUUAGGGAAAGGGAACAAGGGAUCGGCACCUCAGCUGAAUUACAUGAGCAUACAUACGCACUCCUCUUGAUUUGGAAGGAUGGCCAAGCUAGAAUUGGAGUGACCAAGCUGAGAGAGGCUGUGUUCUAGGAAGCUACGCAGCACCUCCAGUUAAGCAAGACAAGGAUGUCUUAUGGCCCUAACCAGGGCAAUUGCUGUAUGAGAGCAUACAAUUGCCGUACUGUGCAAUUAUUUGAUGAUAGAUGCUACCAACCUUUUUAUCUGCUCUACUUUUGUUAAUGGAGAGGUCAUAUCAACACCAUACAUUUAAAGCACACUUAAAGUACAUGUUUUCCCCCAAAGAAUCCUGGGGCAACUUGCCCCUCACAGAGCUACAACUCCCAGCACCUUUAACAAACUACAGUUCCCAGGAGUCUUUGGGAAAUGUAUGGUAUGGAUGUGACCGUAAUCUCCAAGUGGUGUAUAGUAAGGUUACAAAAGAUACAAUAAAGAUACUGUAAAAUCAGUUAAAGACAACAAAAAUCAGAAAACUUAAAUUGCUUGCUGAAAUUAAGUGCCGGAAGUUCAACAGGGAGAGGGCCUGUCUGAUAUCACCUGGGUGGGGAAUUUCACAGAACUGGAUCCACAGUAUUCAGGAAGUAGUAGUCAUUGCUUGUCUUGUGACCUUUGAUCAAACGCAUCCAGAGAAAUUGAACCAUUUCAGAACAUUCAUAUACAGUACAGGUAUGUAUAUGAAUGAUCCAAAGACUGAUGGUUCUAAUCAAGUAAAUGUUGUUUGAUAAAACUAUUGGCUGGAAGAUAUGAGGGAGAGGAACAGCCAUUUUACAGGCAAUGCAAAUGACAGAAUGCAGCCUGAAAUGUUUAUGGUUUGGAUUUUGUGUUUGACUUUAAGCUGAGUUUUGAAGACAAGCAUACAGCCCAUUCCUAAGCGAGUUUCUUGGGAUGUUCCACCAAGCACCAUGAGGCAGAUUGAAGCAACUGCCUCAGGCAGCACAUGAUGGCUGCACAGACAUGUCUGAGAACAAGCACUUGCAAAUGGCUCAGGGUCCAAUAAGUAAACAAAAGCAAAUAAAUGUUGUAAUGAGUCUAGAGUGUUAAAAAUAUUUUGGUGUGGAGACUUGAAAGAAACAUCUCACAUUCUCCAGAAUACAGUGGUACCUCAGGUUAAGUACUUAAUUCGUUCCGGAGGUCCGUACUUAACCUGAAACUGUUCUUAACCUGAAGCACCACUUUAGCCAAUGGGGCCUUCUGCUGCCGCCGCACCGCCAGAGCACGAUUUCUGUUCUCAUCCUGAAGCAAAGUUCUCAACCUGAAGCACUAUUUCUGGGUUAGCGGAGUCUGUAACCUGAAUCGUAUGUAUCCUGAAGCGUAUGUAACCUGAGGUACCACUGUACAGGCUGGAUGUUAUGCAAAGCAAGCCACAAUCUUGAGAUUUUAGGAAACACAGGAGGCUGCUUUACACUGUGUUAGAGGCCUUUGGUCUUUGCAGCUCAGCACAAUGGCCUGUGCUGACAGGCAGCAGUUCUCCAGGGUUUUAGACAUGGGUCUCUCUCUCCCAGCCCUACCCCCUGGAGAUGCUGAGGGUUGAUCCUGGGACCUUCUGCAUGGAGUACAGAUGCUAUCCUACUGAACACUGCCCUUUGUUGUCAGAGGGAUACUUCCAGCUGGAUCCUGUGCAUGUUUGGCUUGGUAGGAAGUCUUAAUGGGAUUUACAAAAAGAAAACGUGUGGAAGUUUUGGCUGUUAAUGCACUAACUACAUUGGGCCAGGCUUUAGGACUAUAAGCUCCCACAUCUCAGCCCUUUGUCCAGAGUGCGCAAAAUAUAACUUUUCUGAUCUUGAGGUGUUUAUCUGUCUGUGGAUUAUGGAUUUGCUAAAAAGCUUUGAGCUGUGCAACAGAGCUGGAUGCUUUGGACGCCUACCCAGAAAGUUAGGAUGAGCUCAGCUUCCCCUCCAGCUUAAUAUGUGCAGAAGCUUGCAGCCUCUCUUGUCCUGAGCCGAGCAAUGGGCGCCUUUUCGUUUACCCAGAUGAGAGGCAUUUGGCGGCCGUUCUUCUGGAUUCCGCGCAACGCGAUAGCGAUGCACUGCGGUGCAGGUGUGAGCUAGACAGCUGCUAACAACUUUCACAAAAUUGCGCCGGUACAUAUUUUUUUGGGAUGGGUAGCGGGUCAUUUCAGAACCCCCGUCCCCCGCGCGUUUAUUCCCCCCCUCAAAAAAAGCGGUUGCCAGCGUGGGCGACCAGGAAGCCCUCGCAAAGCAAGAAGCAACAAAAACAAGCCGCUGCCCCUUUAAACCUCCGAGGGAGGGCCCAGGGCUUUGUAGGAUGACAUCAGUGGGUUUGGCCCUGAGACUCAAUGGAAACUCAAUGAGCGAGAGCCUCGGCUGUACACACACCGAGGGAGGCUGGAGGGGAAGGAGGGAGGCAGCUGAGCAGGCAGAGCGCAGAGAAGGAGGAAGCGGCGGCGGCGGCGGCGGCGGCGCUCAGAGCUGGCUACGGCCGCCUUUCCCAAUCCUCCGUCAUCCUUCCUUCCCCGGCGCCUUUCCUCCCUGACAGCCCCGGGAGCAGAAGCGGCAGACAGGCUCCUUCCAGGCGGGGUGAAUAUUGUGGGGAUCCGGGCAGGUUUUGGGGUGCAAAUCCGGGGGGAAAGGCGGCCCCUCCGUCCCUUUGUUUUUCUGCUGAGAGAGGAGGCUAAGGCGGCGGGGGGGGGGAGGGGGAAGAGGCUCUCGCUCGCUCACACACAGCACACAACGCGCACAUACACAACACAACGCACACUUACACAACACGGCGCACACAAGGCUGGGCUGGCAUAGGGCUGGGGGCCCCCCCGUGGAAUUUGGUGACAGGCGAAGGAGGAAGCUGUAACCGAAACGGGGGGACGACAACAAAAGGCUCGUUUUCUCUCUCUGUGUGUGUUUUAAUUUUUGACGGAGACAAAGGAUUAUGCAGGCAUCUUUCUCCCCCCCCCCCCCUUCCCAGCUUCACUUUCGGAAGGACACAUUGAGGGGCUCCUGUGUCGCUCCCCCCCCCGUUCCUCCCCCCCCCCCCAUUUGCUGUCUACAUGCAGAAAUGGCUCCACUGACUUUAUAUAUAUAUUUAAAUUUUACUUACUGAGUGUUAGGCUCAACCUAAUGUCCAAGUCAGUGUGUGUGUGUUUGUUUGUUUUUGAGAGGAGGGGGUGAUUGCUGCUGCUUCUCCCCCCCCCCUUUCUCCCUUUUCGUUUCCUAUACUUAACAUCUGUGUAUGGCUUCACAAACAAUUGGUAGUGAGUAACGGGUAUCUCUCAUUUCUCCUCUCUCCCCCCCUUGGCUCCAACCUUUGGCUGUUUGUGAGGGGUUUUUGUGGGGGGGGGACACUAAUAGUAAACACUGUUGAAUUUCUAAAAAGGUUAUAUUUGACAAAUAGGGUGGGUAUUGUGAGGUGGAGGGGGGGAGGAAGUGGCUGUUAUUGUAAAUCACUAUGUCCUUUUGUGCACUGGGAAGGUUCGGUAUUGUAGGGAGGGGGUGAAGAGGGGGGCAAGAUCUCACCCACCCCCACAUCUUUUCUGAAAUGUUGCUUCUUUGUACCAGCUCAGGGAUUUGUAAUGAGGAUUGUAUAGUAAAUAGAAGUUUUGCUGCUAUUUCUGCUGCCUAAUUCUCAUUCCUCGCUGCAUUAUUCUCCCCCCUCCCUAUUUUAUAAGAUGCUUCUGGCGCUGGAAGAGGGUGAUUUAAUUUUAAGUUAUACUUGUGGCUGAGUGAUGAGAUGAUCUUAUCAGUUUUUAUCUCCUUUUAAUGCUUGCAUUUGUUGUGUGUGGUUGAUCUGCCUUCUUUAGCUCCUUUUCUUUUUUGGUAACUGCUCUGAAGGGAAAUGGAGAGGAAAGAGAGGAGGAAGCAAAUAUCUCUGUUGUGGCACAUUGCUUUUUAGAAAAGUAUUGCUAUAUUUAUGUGCACACUCCUGUCCCCCCAAUCCUUUGAAGCUGAUAUGGAAUAUCCCCCCCCCCCAAUUCUUCAUACCCAGAAGCAUCCAUUAUAAUAUAUCUGGUCAGCUCUCGCACAGUGUGGCCUACUGUGGUCCUCGAUGCAUCCUUGAUUUCUAGCAAAUCAAGUAAAGCUGGUAUGGAAGUCCUCUUGUUUACAAUAAUUGCUUGGGGGGUUGCCUAUGCUGUACUAUAAAGUGCUGAAUGCCAGAUGUGUGGGGCCUGCUGUGUGUUUGCACACAUAGUUUUAUUAUAUGAUUGCAUUUACAUAAUGUAGAGUAGGUUUGUGUGUGGUGCUGAUUCGAAUACAGCUUUCUAGAAUGUGUGUGUGAGAGAGAGAGAGAAAGGGAGAGAGAUAGAAGUGGCUAUUAAUAUAGUAUAAGCAUCCACUCAUGCAGAGUAUAUGCAUUAGAGUGUGUGGGAGUCUUUCUAGUUUCAUGAAGAGGGAAUUCUUGGCUGGCAUCUUGACUGCCUAGGGCUGUUGCUCUAGUUUGAGGAAGGCCAUAGAGUUGGCUUAAUUCCUUUCUGUCUCUCUGGAUGGAGGAGGUGAAGGCCUGAGAGUUUGGAGAGAAACUGAUGUGGCAGCAGGGUGGGUGGGUAACUGUUCCCAUCCCCAGCACCUGGAAGCAAUUCUUAAGGUGACUGGUUGAUUUGUUGUUGCCCUUGGCAUGAACUGGUCUUGCUGCCUUCUCCGAACCCUCUGUCCAAAGCAUUGCUUGCCUUAUUAAUGUUUCAAUCAUAUGCAUGCUUACUAGGAAGCAAGUUUGAUAAAACUGGAGGUACUUAGGUGUGUGCUUCAUUAUUAUCUUUAUGAAAGGGAAAUUGGGAGAUCUCAUUCUUUGUCUCCGCCCCCCUCCCCCCUUGAACAACAUCUGCUUUUUUAGAAAAUGAGUUUGAAGGCCAGUCAGCUGUAAAGCUGUGAGGGGUACUUCCGAAUUAAGCCCUAAUGUUCUUGCAGGAAGUUAAAAGGUCACAACUAACUGCAAACCACAGUGAGCAGCUGGGCCCCUGCUUGCUUGAGCCCAGUGUUGUCCUGAGUGAGAUGGGUUACUAGCUGCUGAUAUGCCGGUCCCUACUUCUGUCUGUCCUCUUGGGUUAUGUGUUGAAGAGAGCUGGCAGAGAAACCUAGGAAACUCCUAACCUUUAGGGAUCAAGCAUCUCCAGAGUAACUUCUGAAAACUACUGGCUCCUUCCGGUUCGUGUGUCACCAGUGUUUAUAGGAAUAAAAAAAACUUAUCUUGUAUGGAGAGCAAGUUAGAGUAUGAGUCAAAUAUAUAUGCAGUUACAUUCCUAGUUUAAUUGGGGUAGUGGAAGGGAUCAAUCCUAUCUUCUUGCUCGAAUAUAACCUCUUGAUUCCUGUUUGUUCCCCAGGGCUGUACUUGAGCUGUGUAUUCUGCUUGAAUUUUAAGACGAAGAGAAUAACUCUGUAGUCCUUGCAGAUUAACAAUCCUGCAUGCUUGGGUACAUGUUUUAGCAGGAGACUCUGCCUUCUGUUGUGCUUUGAGUAAUUGGAACUGGGUAUUUAGGGUUCAUGAUGCCCUGUUAAAGCUUACAGUGAAAUGUGUGCCUUUAAGCUCCACCACUUCUCUUUUUGCAGUACAUGAUUAGUUUGGAUAUGACUAGAACUCCGCUUUACUUUGCUUAUUCUGGCAUAUUGUAGACCUUGGGGUGCAGCAGAAAGGAAGCUGUAGACUCCAUCAAGCGAAAGGACCCCCUGUCUGCUUAAUCCUUGCCUGUUCUUUCAAGCAGUCUACCCACCCAGGAGAGCAAAGCCUGCAUACAGUACAUUAAUAAAUAUGCAUUACAUAAAUUAACCAUACAGCAGCAUCCUUUAAAAAGAGCCACAGUCUUUCAAACAGAUCCACGUUACUGGAACAGUGGUGGGGCGGGCAGAAGGAGACAGGAGAAACACAAGAUGGUGGUCUUCUGGGAGAGGAUGUUGCUGGGAGUCUCCAGAACAACAUUUGGCACAGGCCUAAAGGAAGAAGUUGGCAUGCAUGGCUGAAGUGAAGGUGGUAGUGCUGGGGUUUGGAUGGAUCUCUCCUGUUCAUGAAUGUGAUGUGUGGAAACAUAUGGUGUGCCUAGUGUCAAAUGUGGCAUGCAGAUGUGCACCUUGGGCCCAGUAACUGGUUGUGAACCAUGCGAUUGAGGAAUUUGUCCUGUACUACCAUGCUACUGCCCAGAAGGAAAGCGAAGCAGAGUAGAAAUGUUAUGAGCCCCAAAUCCCAGUUCAUUGGAACGCAUGCCAGGUGUAGGGUUCUGGCUUAUCCUUGAGAGGGGUUCACUUUCUCCACCAUAAAGUUCUUUGCUAUACAUUUUGUUUUAGCCAGAGACCCACAUCCUGGUUCCAAGUGUGUUUUAUGUUCAAGUCUGUCUCACUGAGGCUUUUUUCUAGGUAAUGUUGCAGCCAAAGUUGGCCUUGCAGUCAAGGUUACUUUAGGUGACUGGUUUGGUUGAACUGUUACUUCACCACAUCUUCUGAAUGCCCCCCAGCCUGGAAAAAAACCUGUUAAGAAAUAUCAGACUACUGUUUACUAAAUUGAAGGUUUUACUGUGACAGUGAGAGAGUCCCAAGGGUUUAGGCAGCAAAACUGGACCCAAAAACUUUAAUUGAAGAAGAAAUAAACCAGGGGUAGGAACCUCCUGAUGUUGCUGAACUCUCAUCACUUAUAGCAAGCAUAGCCAGUGGCCAGGGUUGAUGAAAGUUCCCCACACCAGGCAUAAAUAUUGGGCCCCUCAUAUGGUAGCUGAAUGUGUUGACUUAGGUCAGCUUUCUAAUCUUACCCUGUAUGUCCUCUGUUUUAUUCCCAGAGCAACUGAAUCAUGGAGCUUCGAGUGGGGAACAAGUAUCGGCUGGGAAGAAAAAUCGGUAGUGGAUCCUUUGGAGAUAUUUAUUUGGGUGAGUUUGUCCUAACUGUAGGAAUGCAUCUUCUAAUAGCUUAGAACAUUUUGGAAUAGUGAGCUGGUGUGUGUUGGUUCUUAUGUGUUUCUUCAGCCUUGUAUUCUCUUAACUAAGGAGGCUAAGGGCCAGAGGAAAAACAACUCCUUUAGACAGAGACCGGGGGGGGGGGGGACAUACUCUUUUUAUCUGACGCCUGGAAUUCAUACUAUUUUAAAAAAUUGAGGUGUGGUAAGAUUUCUGUACUACUGUAAAGGCAGCAAGCAUUUCUCACAGGGCUUCUGUUCCUGGCCUUCAUUUGUGUUGGUGGAGCGCAUAUAAAUGUGCCCCCUUUACCCCUCUUCUGGGUCCAAAAGGACCAUGCAUUGGCGAUUGUGACAAUUGGACACACCUAAAAUAGUCACCGCCUGUAUUCAUUAACAAAGAUGGUGGUAGAAGUUCUCAAGCCUCAAUAUGUUCAGCACUGUAUAACAGUCUGACCCAACCUGGUGCUUUCCAGAUGUUGUGGACUUCAACGUUCAUCAGUCAGAGUUGUCAAUGAUCGGGGAUAAUUGAGGUUGUCCAACAACAUCUAGAGGACAUCUAGUUGGGGAAAGGUGCUAUAAAAUCUUGUAUCUGUUUUUUGGAUUUUGUAUAUAAAGUACAUGUUUGUUAUUUUAUGAACAUUUAUAACCAGCUGAAUAUAAAAGUAUUCAAGCAGUGUAUAAAACAUGAUAUAUAAAAGCAACAAUGUUUUCUUUAAUCCCCACAUUAUCAUAAUAAUGGUAAAGUCAAAAUAGUUGGUACAGGUUUCAGCUUUCAACAACCUGAUGGAUUACUUAGAUCAGAGUCCUUGCUGGUAGCGCCAUGUCUAGCAAAGCUAGGGCAAAUGAAAUAGGUCUUUAAAAAGAUGUCUAAAAGAAAAGAAAAGGCAACGCAUAUGGCAGAAGGAAGAGUGCCAGGGUAGUGCUGUCGCUACCAAAUGAUGGUCCAUAAGACAUGGUGCUACUGGUAAGGAAUCCUCAGAUAAAGAAAUCUAGCAGGUCUGUGUAUAUGGGCAGGUGGUUUUCAGGUAACCUUGUUUUAAAAACCUUUAUAUCCACGUAACCUUUCUACUGCAAGGUAUUCAGGACAGCUUAUAAUCCAAAGCAAUCGGUUAACAAACACACCACACAACAAUGGAAAUGGCAGCAGCAAAAUAGGCAGGCAAGAAACAUCAAGGGCAUGUUAGUGGCCGAAUAGUUGUGAGAGUAUACUGGGACUGGACACCUAAAAAAUAGAAGGCCGAGUGUCAAAUGUGGGUCUUCCUGCAGAAAAUGAGCCCUGCCCUUAGUCUCAGCUCACCUGUCCCCUUUGACGGUGGGGGCACCCAGUUCAGGACUGUAGGUGUUACGCUAUGUUGCAUACGUUUGUUCCCUAAUUGGGAAGCCCUUUUUGCUAGCUUGUGGCAACUAGGCUAUGAAGCUGGCUGCUCUUGGGAAAACUGGCUUGUGUGACAAAACGUGCUUUGUCACACUGCUGUGUUGCACAUCCCUGGUGUAGAGUAUUCUUGCAAGGUUCUGACAAAGGGUCUUAAGGAUUCCUCCUCCUAUACAGUGGUACCUCGGGUUAAGUACUUAAUUCGUUCCGGAGGUCCGUUCUUAAGCCGAAACUGUUCUUAACCUGAACCACCACUUUAGCUAAUGGAGCCUCCUGCUGCCGCCGCGCCGCCGGAGCACGAUUUCUGUUCUGAUCCUGAAGCAAAGUUCUUAACCCGGGGUACUAUUUCUGGGUUAGUGGAGUCUGUAACCUGAAGCGCAUGUAAACCGAGGUACCACUGUAUGUCUCAUGUAGUUCUGAUCACUGAGGGUGUGCAAGGGCCAGAGAAAAGAAUUCAAAUGCUCAACUCCUGUAUUUCUCUGAUUGGGAAGGUGGAGAUUCUUUUAGGAUACCCAUCAGGUUAUGGGUUGGGGGGGUUGGGUGCUUGCCUUUUUUCUUUUUUUUUUACUUUUGAGAAUGGUGGACUUAAUUACGUUUGUCAGUGCUUUGGCUCAUUUUUAUACUGCCAGGCAGCAUGUCUUCCUCUUGACAACCCAGGGAUCUCUUCUCAUAAUCAGUCCAAACUAUCUCUUGUUCUGAAUGACCCUACCUUUUUGUGUGUGUGUGUAAAUAUAUUUAAAAAAUAAAAAAAUUGUCCAGUAGCACCGUAAAGGUAAAGGGACCCCUGACCAUUAGGUCCAGUUGUGACCGACUCUGGGGUUGCAGUGCUCAUCUCACUUUAUUGGCCGAGGGAGCUGGCGUACAGCUUCCGGUCAUGUGGCCAGCAUGACUAAGCCGCUUCUGGCGAACCAGAGCAGCGCACGGAAACGCCGUUUACCUUCCCGCCGGAGCGGUACCUAUUUAUCUACUUGCACUUUGAUGUGCUUUUGAACUGCUAGGUUGGCAGGAGCAGGGGCCGAGUUUUUGUGUGUGUGUGUGUGUGUUCACUUAAUGGUGUGCCCAGAGGUAAAUAAAAAGUCCUAGGUGCGGCUUCCCUUCCCAGGGCUGCAUCCGAAAGGGCUACCCUCUGAGUGAUCUGUAAGGUGAUGCCUCUGCAUGCAUAGCUUCUGUGUAGCAUGUAGCUGGCUUUCCCAGGUUCUAGCAGGGUGUCACAUUGCAACCUCCCAUCUCCAGUUUCCACUCUGGCAUUGCCACAAGAUUUGCCAGCCCCACUGUUUCCCAGAUUCCUCCUCUUGAGUGUGGUUGCUUUGGGUUGUUUUCUUCUGAGCUGCCCUGCCUUAGUUUUCCAGUGUAAACCUUCCAUUUUCUGCUUAUUUUAUUGAUAUAUUUAUAUAUAUUCAGAUUUUUAUAAGUUGCUUUUCCACCUAAAAGAGUCCUCAAAGUGGCAGGUGACAAUGCAGUUAUUAAAGAUACAACUAAAUUAAAACAAUACAAAUUAGCCUGUGUUGUCAUCCUUCUGGCUGUGUUUUGAGUCCUCCUGUGGGUGGAUCAUAAUACUGGGCCUGUGUUCUUUGCCCACUGGAAAAUCCUGUUCCUCUCUGACACCAUGGAAAUGGACUGUCUGAUUUUAAAAUUUUAUAUCCUUUUCAUUUUACUCAAAAACAAAUCAAAAGUUUAAAAAACAAUAUUUUUAAAACCCAAUUUGUUACAGUAUUGGGUGUGGUGGAUAUGGUGUCAUGGCUGCAUCCUUCUAUGCUUAGGGCUGUUAACUUGUACCCCAUCUUGUCACCUUUUCCUUUGACUAUUUAUUUCCAAGAUUCUGGUUUCCACUUGUCAGAAGCCCUCUGCUCCAACUGGAUAUCUGCCAUACCUAUUUAGCAACUAAACUUGUAUUUCUCUCUCCUUCCAAGGUCUCAGGGUAGUUUUCUCAAGCUGUCCCUUUUUAUCCUGUGAAGUAGUCUAGUCUGCAAGUGAUUUUGUCUAAGCCCUGGUGAGCUUUGUGGCUCAGGAAGGAUUCAGCUUUCUUUGUGUCUGCCCCCUUGGUUUGGACCAUACUUGCAGUGGGGUUUUCUGAGCUACUCUUUUAAUGAGAUUCUGGAAACGGAUGUGACAUAAAGUGACAUGGCUUUUAAAAGCAGGUCCCCCCCACAAUAGUAGUAUCUAAUAAUAAUAAUAAUAAUACUACCCUAUAUGUUUGUAUGCCUAAUAAUUGAUGCAAAUUGCUUUCAGAAUACCUUUGAAUGAAGCAGGAUAUGAACAUUUAAAUUGGGUGUUGAGUCCAUCUGUGUUGGGAGAGCCACAGGUUCCUAACUCCCAGUGGUCAUGGAUGAUGUGACUUAAGUUCAACAUCUGGAGGGCCACAGGUUCUCCACCACUGGUUUAAAUAAACAAACACAACUUUGAACCCAGGUCCCUCUGGUCCAAGCCAUAGGUUUUUCCAACUGCAUCCAACUAGACUAGCUUUUUCUUAAACCUGAAAGAAGACCCCCACCCACCUAACAGGCUACUUCAGCAAGAGCCGUUGGGCCCUAUUCUGCUUGCACCUUGAAUGCCUGCUGAUUUCCUUCAUCUCCUCUGAAAUGUUCAUCCAUCCCUUUUAUUCCCAGCCCUGUAUUGGUUGUAUAUUUUUGUUUGCAAGCCCUUGCUACAAAGUACUUCCAUGGUCUGUUGUGCAUCAGCUAGGAACUUGCUGCUAUGGUGUUCAGUAAUAUGUAAUUUGUAGUUAUCAAUUGAUUAUGGUAAUUUGGUAGCACUUCACUGGCAGCUACAUAUUUUUUAGCUUUUUCUGCUAUUCCAGAACUGGCGCACAGGUGGGGAGCUACAAUAUUUAUUGCCUGUAUUUUAAGUUCAGCCUUUGGUACAGGGUUGACAGGCUUCAAGCAAGAGAUGGUGGUCACUGACACUGCACAUAUAGUGCUUGUACUGCAAAUGCAUGAUUGCUUCUAAGAUGGGGGUCAGCAAGUAUACUUUGGGCACUGCCAUGUUGAACGUAGAGAUGAAGCAAGGUGCCCUCUAGGAAUAAAGAUGGCAGAACUGUCCAUCCCUUUUUCUUGCAGUUGUGAAUGUAUGGGCAUAGGCAAAGAUGGAAUAUGUCUAGCUUGAAGCUUUUGCAAUUUUGCAGUAUAAGAUAAAGGCUACAUAUUCUUGAUUAGGAGUAUUUCAUUAUAGUUUUUCUGUUAAGUAACAGACUCUUAAGUGAUGGCGGCUUGUUUUUUCAUUCCUCCUAUUUUGAAUUUUGUGGCGCUGCUCAAGUGAUGGGGGGCACCAGUUCUCUGGCCAACCAUGAGUUUUGGAAAGCUUCAAAAAUUGAUGUCUGAUGAGCUGUUGUAUUUGAUCCUUCCCAAGAUCCAGUAGCCAUUCUAUAGUUUCAUCUCAAUGUCAACAUGAGCGGAUUUGAAAACGUCUCAGUCGGCUCAGCCCCCACUGUUCUUUCUCUCCACUUGCAUCCUUCCUCUUGGUCUUUCCACCUUUUUUAUUCCUCCGUCCAAUAAGUGCCAAGUGAAGUGUAUUUCAUUAAAUGCAAGCACUUGUAUUUCCUACCCCACCACAAAAUAACUGAAAGCGAAGUAGGUAAAUCAAAAAUUGGCUGGCUGCUUCUGCACAUGCCAACCACCGUGUGGAUUUAUUGAAAUUGUUCUCUCAGGAUGCCAGCCCAGUUGUGCAAAUCAGACUGGAGUGACUUACCCCAGAGGGAGGUUGCUUGUUGCUUGGCAAGCCUGGUAUUGGAAAAAAGAGCAUUGGAGAUCAGGCCGAGAGACUGGGGUGUCCUGGACUAGACACCCUAUAAGCCUCUUUUGCAUUCUAUGAUUCUGUAAUUCAAUGGCUUUUAUAAACACACGUCUGGAAUGUGGAGACUUUGCUUUCUGUUGUGAAGACUGUUUGGUUUGGGAGGCUCAACUGAGAAACACUGGUGAACCAAUGGUGUGUGUGUUGGGGGGGAAGAGGUGGGUGAUCCUGAAUACAGUAACCGCUUGGGGGAGUGUAUUGUCACUGGAUCCAGAGGCAGAACUUUUAUCUGCAGGAGUUGCUACAGGUUGGAAUAGAGAUUUUUCUCCCAUCAGACACGGAAGGCUGUUUGGCAAAGCAGGGCAUGCUGGGUAGCUGGUGGUGUCUGCUUGGACAGUUCCUGAUGGCAGGCCCCUCCCUCGGAGGGAGGGGGUGCGUUCCCUUUGUUUCCUAGCUAGUUAACUCUCUCUCUCCCUGCCUGGCUUCACCCAUCUGCUCCAUUCGCAUCCUUUUCUUUUGCCGCUCGGUAACAAAAAAUGACAGGGAGGAAAGGUGGUGGCAAAAUGUUGUUCUGCUCUUGAAUGCCAAUGGGUGUGUGUUGAGUAUAUUUAUGUGCCCCAACAAGUCCAUGCAUCUAAAUUUCCCAAAAGGGUCCCUCGUGAAGACUGUCAUUUUCACUUAGGCUGGUGGCAUCAAUCUUUUUGUAAGACCUUCUCCGUCAUGCCACCCCCACCCCCCCACAUUUGAGCAGUUUGAAACAAAUGGAUUUUGAAGUAUGCGGCCCACACGAUUGAAUGAGACAGGGGGUGGAUGCUGCGUAGGAUUGUUGAUGAUUUCCAGAUUUCUCAGAUCACUGAAGCAUAAGGUCUUGGUAGCAUUUGUAUCUAUAUGGAAUGAGGCAAAGGAACGGGAUUGUUCCUAACUACCCUUUGUUGUCUUGGCUGCUUCAUAAUCCUAUUUGUAAUAGCAAAGGCAUGAUUAUGAUUGGAUAUGGUUUCCUGGGGAUUUAUCUCGUAUGGGGACGGUGCCUGGUGUUCACUUGACUCUUCCUUCUGUGUUUGAACAAUGAGGCGGGGAUUAUGGGCUGGGCUGGGGAAAGGCAGGAGAGCAAUGGAGGGAGUUGCAGGUAAAAUAAGACAGUUGGGGGUUCAGGAAAAGGCUGGCUGAAGAACUGGGGUUUGAGGAGGAACCUAAAUGGAAAUAAGUUUUAUAAAUGAGCCUUAGGUAUAAGUAUGAUUAAAGACCUGGAUAUGAAAUGGGGAGAAGUAUGCUAUUUUCAUUUUUAAUGUAGUCUUUGUUUUUGAAAGCAUUUCUGACUUUUAGCAGGCAAGAGGUUAUUUAUCAUUACAUUCAUAUCCCACCUUUAUUGCAAGGAAGAUCAAAGUGACACACAAAAGUUUCCCCUUCUUUCCAUGUUACCUUAUCAACAACCGUGUGGGGCAGAAUUACACUGAGAAACUGUAAUAGUGAAUUUCGUGGCUGGGUUCAGGAUUUGAACCCAGAUCUCCCAGAUUCUUGUCCAACACAUUAACCACUACUCCAAAUAGGUAGAGUUCUUGUACUCUGAGCUGGAUUAAAUUCAGUCUUCUUCUUACCUUGUUCUCUGGUGUAGGCAGCAGGGGCUUCUGUCAUGCAUAGCUGGAUGGGACCAGGAAGAUUUUGGACUUGGCUAUCACAGAAAGUUGGGUCUUUGCACAUGCCUGCUGCCUUUUGUAUUGUCCACACCUCUGGGCUCCUUGACUGAGCAGUCCAGAGACAAAACCACUCCAAAGAAUGAAUGCUACGUAGAUACGUAGAAUGUAUGAGUGAGAUAAUGACACCACCUCCUGUUGUGGAUUUGACGUGAGGCUUUUUAAAGAGAUUCAACAUAUUAUCCUCCUGUAUGCUCUGCUGCCCUAAAAAAAAAAAAUUUAAUUAGUGAGUCACAGCCUAAAAUACAGUUUUUAGGAAAAGGUAGGCAGCUUAUGUAGUAGUAGUAAGAUGUUGGCGAGGAUUGCUAAAUAAGCAGUUUGCAUACAACUUGUGUUGGGGAAAGGCCCCCAUGGCAUGAGGACAGAGCACUAUGCUUUGUAUGUGCAAAGGUACAGUUGCUCACACUGGUAUCUCCAGGAGGAAAAAAAGAGGUUUGGGUAGCAGGUGAUUGGAAAGAUAGCUCAGCCUGAGUCUCUAGAGAGCUUCCUGCCAUUUCAGAGUAGACAAAGCUGGGCAAAAUGGGCCAAUUAGCUGGCCUGGUAGAGCAGCUUUCUACAUUCUGCUUACAGACUCUUUCGAGGUAGAGGACUAUUCUGAAUGGCUGCUUGGAAAAAAACAGGUACCCCCCCCCCUUCAAGAUGUGUGUGAGGCCUCCAGCCUAAAGGACAGGCAUCUUGAUACAACUUCUCACAUGGCAUUCUCAAUACUGCCUUAACACUUGUAGGAUUCUAGACCAGCUUACAAAAAUACCUUGCGUGUGGCCACUGAUGUUAUAAAUGGAUGCCAUUUUUCCUGAGUCUGCAGAGGACAGACCUGAAGCUGUGACUCAGAUGUCAGCUCCUGUGCGCCCACAGCCUCCCUCCUCCCGGCUAAUCUCAUUGGGGUUGUAGCUUUAAAGCCUAGUGACAACACUCUUUAAAUGUCAGCAUUAACUUUGGUUUGCUGAUCAUUUUAGCAGAUGGAGUGAGAAUAAAGCCCAUGGGAAGGGGGGGGAGAGAGGACUAGGAGUUCCUACAGAGAAGGAAAUGCAAGAGAGAGAGAGAGAGAGAGAGAGGCAGACACCGCAGGUUGUAUAACUCUGGUCCUAAGGGGGAACGUAUCUUCCUAAUGAGUAAUGCCGGGCAUGAUGAUAAGAUAAUGGCUGAGAAUUUAAAAGCGGAAAUAUGUGUUAUGCAAGUGCCAUCCACUAUCCUAUUCAAGGCAAGAACUGAGUUGGUGGAUCACAUCCCUGAAUUUACACCUUGCCCUCAGGGCUAUGACUAAAAUGGAGUGCAACUGCAUUGCCAAACAAAGUUCACUGACAGGUUGGUGGUGGCAGUACUUUUGUCUCUGUGGAUGUUUGCUUCUCUUCUCUCUCCCCCCCCCCCCAAGACCUGUUCAAAUGAUUGCUUCACACAUGUUCCUGUGGGAAAUGGAAAUCUUCCUUUCUCUGGCUGGUACACCAGAACAUACUAUAUCCCCAGCCUGUUGUGCCUUGUUCUUCAUUUCCACUAGAGAGAGAAUGUUGCUGAUGUAUAUAGAGCAAGAUGGGGGCUGUUGUUGUUUUUUGCUUUGGCCAUUUCCCCCACAAUUGCAGAACUAUGUGCUUGUUGGCUAUUCCUGCAGCCUAGAUAAGGACAGAAGUCUUUUACUAGGUCACUUGCCAAUGGGGUUCAACCCUGUUGGGAAAUCCUGCUCCCUAUUCCCAGAUGCAUAGGAGCAGGCUGCCGUUGCACUCUGCACAUACACAGAGGUGCUUUUUAUUGCUUUACAUUGUCAGUACCAACUUCCCAGAACUGUACACAAGUUAAGGGGCUUUCCUUGUUCCAAACUGCUCUGUGCUGCCAUACCUGUGCACCUAAGUGUCGUGAGAUGACUUUGAGGUGGUUCACACAUAAUGCCAGACCAUGGUUUGUUCCGACAUGAAAGAGCACUUAAAGAAGCCUUGGAAUCUCAUGCUGCUUCUCGUGUGGCACUUCCCAUAGCUUGUUUUGCCCACUGGGUACUUAGUGUGUUUUUUCCCUACAACCAUGUGUUGCAUGACAGAGAGCAAUCCACUCAUGAGCCCCAGCCGGCAUGGCCCGAGGUUCAGGGGUGAUGGGAGUUGUAGUCCAGCAGCAUCUGGAAGGUCAUGGGUUCUAUAUCCCUGCAAUAUUGGAAUCGGGAUCAAAUGCUGAAUUUCAAUCUGAUUUGCAAGUUUAGUGAAAACUGUGGUUCUAAUGCAAAUGAUGCUUUGUCUCAAAGUAGAAGGGCAGAGAUCAGGCCGGAGAAGAAUGGUGGGAACUGCUGCACAUACGCAGUGAAGGGAGCCCAAGGCUUACUAAGCUCUACUCCUUUGAGUAGGUCUAGUGGGAGUUUCUGCACCUUAGGGUGAGUGGCUAACUGGCAAAGUGGAUCACUCCUGAAGCCCCAAACUAGAUUUGUUUUCUCGGAAACUUGCCCCAACAUGUCCCUUGCAUGAUCAUGAUUCUGCCCAUAGAAGGUCACUCAGACUUCGAAAGUUCAAGAAGCAGCGACACUACAAUAUAUAGAAUGGCAGCUGACCAGUUUAUGGUAAGCCUAAAAACCUCAAUUUGUGUUCAGAGCAGUGCACCUCCUCUUACCUUUCUGUUCAUGAAGGGAGGUUAAAUCAAAUAUUGCUGCUCUCACUGUUCACUUAUCCUGUGGCCUGUUGAUUUGCCAAGCCUCUGUUUUGCAUGGGUCAUUCUUUAUUAAGCACUCCAAUUUGUAUUUGAAAGAAACAGUACCAAGCUUCAACUACAUUCAGUAUCCUACUUUGGACUGUGAAGUGUAGAGUCUAGGUCACUUUUGAGCUUUUCAUAGAAAUGUCCCAGAUAGCAUUCCAUGGCCUCAGGCUCCGUUGUUUACAGCAUUUUUCUUAUACCCAUAUGUGUAUAAAAUAAAAAAAUGCAUAAUGUGUAAUUUGAUAAAAAUAUAAACAAUAUAUAUUUACCCUUUGCAGCCUUCCCUGCUCCUAGCUUUCUUGCCUUUUGCUUGCUACAUAGUCUCUAAGCACCUUACAACAUUUUAAUAGCAUAACAACAAUACAUUGCAAUUUUAAAAAUCCAAAAACUUGUAGAAUAGACCCAGUAAAGCAGCAGCAUAUAACCUCAGUAGCAAAAUAUCCUAUCAAGCAAAAUAAUCAGAAUCAGACAAAUGCCUGGGACAAAAGUUCUUUCCUGGUGCCAAAAAGACAUUAAUGACUGGGCCAGGCAGACCUUACUGGGGAGACCCCUUGCACAGACAGGAAACCAGAACCAAAGAGGACCUCUUCCUUGUUACCACUCUUCAAAUCUCUCUCUGAGGAAGCACCCAGGUAAGGGCCUCUGAUACAGAUCUAAGAGCCCCUAUAGGGUCAUGUUGGGACAUAUCUGAAAAAUACUGGGGUCUAGAUCUGUAUAUGGCUUUAAAGAUCAAAACCAACUUUUUGAAUUGGCCUUGGAAUGUAGAGGCAACCAGUGCAGCUGAGCCAAUAUCAGCUUUAUAUGAUCAUUUUGCCUCAAGUCUGUUUGCAAUUGGGUAGCUGCAUUCUGCACUAUCUGCUGUUUCUGAACAGUUUUUCAAAGCAGCCUCAUGUAAAGCACAGUUCAGCCAGGUUACCUGUUCAGAUAGGGUUGUAGUUGAUCAGCAGCCUAAGCUUCUGGAAGGUGGAUCUUGACACCACUGAAGCUACCUCUUCAAGUAACAGCAGUGGAUCAAAAACUAUGAACCUGCUCUUUCAAAGAGAGCUCCCCAUAUCCAGCAUGCUGCACACCACUCAGCUGAACAGGUGAACCACCCACCAGCAGCAUCUCAGCCUCAUCAGGUUUAAGCUUCACUUUCUUGACACUCAUCCAGUCGGUUAUUGCAACCAGGCAGCAAUUCAGCACGUCACUGCCUCACCUGCAGAAGAUGAAAAGGCAAACUAGAAAUGAGGCCAUUUCUAGAGACAGCAUGCUUCAGAGCUCUGUAUGAGUCCUGCUUUUGUGUAUAUGUUAAAUAGCAUGGAGGCCAGAACCAGCCCUGUUGGACCCCCACACUGGAGACCCCACAGGGGUGUUCUGUAUUCUCCAAGCGCCACCACCUGGAGCCAACUAUCCAAGUAGAAGUGGAAGCACUGCAUCGUUGUGCCUCUGGCCCAGGAAGUCAUCGCAGAAGGAUACCAUAGUUGAUAGUAUUGAAAGCCGCUGAGAGACUAGAGCAUCAAAAGGGUCACACUCCUCCUGUUUCCACCCCCCUCAACACAGGUCAUAACCCAGAGCAACUUGAGACGAUUUCUGUACCCAUACUGGGCCUGAAUCCUGAUUGAAAUGGAUGUAGAAAAUUAGGCUUCUCCAAAGAGUGCCUGGAUCUGCUUGGCAACCAUCCUCUUGAGGAACUUUCCCAGAAAGGAACCUCUGCUGCUGUUCUGAAACUAUUUUGAACUUCUGAAUCCAGGGGUUUCUUUAGGAGUAGUCCACCACCACCUUCUUCAGCUGGCCGAGGCAUUAAUAACCUCUCUGGCCCAGCCAGCUGCCCCCUCCCAGUCAGGUUUUGUAAGCUGAAAGGGACAAGGGUCCAAAAUGCAAGUAGUUGCACAAACCUAACCAUGCACCUUCUCCAAGUCCUCAGGCUGCAGGAUCUGAAACUCAUUUAAUGAUCUUUUACCAAAAAAAGUGCUCCAGGCCACCCCACCAGAAUUGUUUGUUUGUGUGUAAUUAUCUCUGCUGACUGUUGAUAACACUUCAUGCAUCUAAAGUGGACGCUAAUCCAUAAAACCUGUUACAGUGGUACCUCGGGUUACAUACGCUUCAGGUUACAGACUCCGCUAACCCAGAAAUAGUGCUUCAGGUUAAGAACUUUGCUUCAGGAUGAGAACAGAAAUCGGCGAGGCAGCAGCAGCAGGAGGCCCCAUUAGCUAAAAUGGUGCUUCAGGUUAAGAACAGUUUCAGGUUAAGUACGGACCUCCGGAAUGAAUUAAGUACUUAACCCGAGGUACCACUGUAUAGUCUUCAAGGUGUCAUACAACCUCUUGCUUUGGCAAUAUCUAAAUGUAACUUUUGAUUGUAAUAGUCAAAGCUGUGCAUUCUCAGUGACUAUGUCCAACAUGGGAUUUGGAAAUGGAGCAAAUUCCAGUAUUCUAAGAGUGAUUUUUUUAAAAAAAGCUAUAGGACACCAGAGGGGUCUAGGAAGCUCUGUGUGCAUAAUUUCCUAUGGCUGAGGGCCUAAGUUUCAGACCUCUGUAGAACUUCUUCCCCUUUCACUUGCCUUAUUUGGGGCAGAAUAAGAUAUGCAAAACAUGCAUAAUAUAUCCAACUUCUAGAAUGCUACUUCCUUUGUAUAGGCAUUCUUUAGCCGCUGAGCGUUGCUAAGUGUAACAAGCCUGACAUAUUUGUGGCAAGACUAUAAAGUUAAGAUUUUGCAACCCCGGAAGCCCUAAUUGUGUAAGCUUGUUAUAAGCAAAAUAAGUGGUGCUUCUGAUCUUGCAAUAACUGAUUUCUUUGACAUAACACUGUCCUCAGCAUUCACAGACAGGCUAACAGCUUAACUGGCACCAAACCGCUCAAGCUAGGUAAACCAAUACUGAUUACAGAAUAAAGCAGGACCAGAAGGGGAGAAGAAACGUGAUUUAAUUAUAAUUUUUAUAAGUGGUAGGUAGGGGAACUGAGAGUGGAGCCUGCAAAGAGUGAAAAUGGUUUCCCGGCCAUAAAAAGCGUAUUCCAGAGUCUCACUUCCUCUUCCUUCCCUAGCUUCUCUGUAAAUCAGGGUUAGAUGUUUGUUUAUAUCUUACAAAAGUGUUUCUAUACUACUGUAUCAUAAAAUGUCAGGACAGCGUACACCAUUAAAACAUAAAACAUUUUUAAAACAAUGCAGAUACUGAGGUUCCCAAGAAUGCUGGAAUGCAUCCCCAUCACUUCUGAAUGACACAUCCUAAAGCAGGAUUCCUCACCCUCGGCCCUCCAGAUGUUUUUGGUCUACAACUCCCAUGAUCCCUAGCUAGUGGGACCAGUGGUCAGGGAUGCUGGGACUUGUAGUCUCAAAACAUCUGGAGGGCCAAGGUUGAGGAAGCCUGUCCUAGAGAAAUCUGCUUCUUCGUUUCAAUUUUGCAUGACCAGUGCUAAUUUUAAUUACUAAUCUUGCUUGUUUAAAUACAGAUGAACUGAAACUGAGCUAGUUUUGCACAAGGUGACAAAUCAAUUCCUUUUGGAAUCUCUUUCAUUGGGGCCUUCUCUCUGUUUGCUCUUCCUGACGAGCACGAUGAGCCUGUUGCCAAAAUGAAUGGGAUGAUAUUCUGCAUCAUGCUGCAGUGAAAUCACUACAGCACAGUGUGGCGAGGUGGGAAGCAUCCCUGUUUCCAAAGCAACUGGGGCAAUGCUCUGCCUUACUAGUAUAGUGCAGUUGCCAUGACAACUGGCAUGUUCCCUCCCUGUGCUGUGGGCGCAAAGCAUUGACUAUCUUCUGCCCUCAAUGUCACAGAGCCAAGACAUGGGUACAUAGCGUCAUGAUGUUAUGUUCCCCACAUGAUUCCUAACUGGUUGGGAUUACUCAGAAGAAGAAAGCAGAGCCCUGUACCCCACCCAGCUGCAGUGGCACCACAGCAGAGGAAUAAAUUGAGAGCUGUGAAUUGUUGCCAACAGUACCAAGAAAGAUACUAUAUACAUGCAUUUCAGUCAGGGACUUAGGUAGGCCCGACCUGCCUUGUUACGUGAUGGGGUGGGCUCCCUCCACCCAAAUAAGUGGAUUGUGAGGGGUCUUGGUACAGUGGUACCUCUGGUUAUGAACUUAAUUCAUUCUGGAGGUCUGUUCUUAACCUGAAACCGUUCUUAACCUGAAGUACCACUUUAGCUAAUGGUGCCUCCCGCUGCCGCUGCGCCGCCCCCAGCACGCAAUUUCUGUUCUCAUCCUGAGGUAAAGUUCUUAACCCGAGGUACUACUUCCAUGUUAGCGGAGUCUGUAACCCAAGGUGUUUGUAACCUGAGGUGUUUGUUAUCCGAGGUACCACUGUACAUGCCAAAAGGAUGUCCUGGUCUUAGGGUCUUUGUGUUUAACCUUUUGUUUAAGGGGAGGGGGAAGCUGAAAUACUUAGAGAAUUAACUUUCAUCAAUUUAUUGUAAUCAAAAGAUUAUAUGCACACACCAUUACUGCAACAGCUUCCAAAAUGCUAUAGAUGUUUUGUCAUAUGUAUGUUUGAUUUGGGCGGCAUUCGACUAAGCUUUGCUCAGAUUAGACCCAUUUAAAUUAAUGGACUUGAUUAAUUUCAGUGGGUCUACUCUUGAGUACAGUCUUGUUUAAUACCAUCCAUUAUUUCUUAGCUUGGAUUUCUUAUGCUCAAUGAUUGCCCACAAGGAAAGACAAUUGGAAGUAUGUGUUGGCUGGGGAUUGCCACUUUAUUGGGUUAGAUUUCCACCUCUGAAUGUUCAUAAAAUGUUUUUCACCUUCUAAAAGCUCUGCUUUUGCCUCAAACUUUUGGGAAUGCAAAUUUAGCACGGUCCUAACAUUUAAUUUUUAAAUAGUUGGACAUAAUUUAGUAUAUAAACUGAAAAUAAAUAGCACCAAGAAAAAAGGAGGUCUGCCACCUGGGCAAAUUUUGCAUUUUGUUGAUGGGAAAUGGUAAGGAGUUACACAGGAAAUCACUGGAACAACUAUUUUUAGAGCAGCAGAGAGCCUCGGCCCAGAUUCAAGUAAGCCUCAGUUCUGGCCCUCAGCUGCACCUGGCUCCUCACAUGAGCACUGCACAGGAGCGCCUAGGAGCCAGGAGAAUUGGUUAGAGAUCAAGGCAAGAGAGGCUGUAGCCUUCAAAGUUGAAGAGGAGGCAAGACAGGAACUGGGCAAAAGUCAGAGUGGUCAGGCCAGUGUGGGGAAAGGAAGUAGGUGAAAAGGAUGGGUAGGCAGGGAGAGAAAAAGAAGCCUCUGGAGGAAAAAGGGCCAGGAAAGCCCGUGAAGGAAUUUUGAAAGAGGUACAGUUAAUAUUUACUAUUGUUUAAAAUAAAAUAAACAGUGCAUUGAGAGGUAGGUGAUAAGAGAGGAAAGCUGUUGUAGGAGGAAAAAGUGGAUGUAAAAAGAGCAGGGAGAAGGAAUAGGGUGAAAUUAAAAUGUGAAAGGCAGAAGAAGUGAUGGGAGAUGAAUUAAAAAAAUUUUUUUUGAGAGUUGGAGGGAGAAAGAAAUAGAAAAUAAAAAGCUUUCUGUGUUUAGAGCAUCUAGAUCAGCAAAUUCCACCAGAAGUAUAGAGGGUCGAAUGUUACCUUUAUUCUAAAACCUGCCAUCCAACCAGUUGAUUAAAAAUGUGCCUCUGCAGCAGUGCUUAAAAACGAAAAGAAAAAAAGAAUAAAAAGCCUUCUUAAGAAAAAUUGAGGUCUGGCAUAGCGCCCUCAAGGCCUGGUCAGAGUGAGUCUGGUAGACCUCAUUGGGAAGAAAAUUCCAUUGGGAAGUCACGACCACUGGUAAGGUUCUGUUCUUUAUUGAUGACAGCUUAGCCACCUAUCCAAAUUAGGGCCACAGCAGCAGCAGCUGUGGGAAUGUUUGCAUGGAAGCAGGUAAUUUAGCACACCCUUGGAUUUGGUUAAGACUUGGGUAGGCUUCUGAGCAGAUUAGGAAUAAUGAAGAUGAAAAAUGUUGAUGUGCUCUGAGAGGGCUAUGUGAGAGUAAGAUGGAAGUGGGUUUUGGAGUUGAUGGCCUGAGGGUGUUGAAACAAAUGCUUGAGUUGGUAGGGUUAGAUAUUACUGGCCCAAGGUCUCUCUUGAACAGGGGAGACAGCCACUUGCUUGCCUAAUUUGUGAAUUAACACUGCCCAGAAUGGCUACAUGUGAUUGGGAGGUGACAGGACACAGAGACAUGGGUGAGCUUGAAAUGGUGUAGCAAAACUUCUCCAAGGAUAUGAGGCUACUGUAUUCAGGUAUUCUGUGGAGCCUCAUACAAUGAGGCCCAGCAACACUCACUCUCUCGUUUUUGUUAGCUUCUGACCUACAGAAUCGGAGCGUCCUGAAAUAAAAGCCAUCUCUUAACGACAUAUAUGACAAGUCUGAGAUUGGGAAGGAGAUUGUGGCGUAAUCGUUGCAGGCAGGCUGAGUGCAAAUCGUGCUGUUGUAAUUUUUGGCUGGUGGAACCUCUCUGUUCCCAUAAGGGGGGGAAAUGGCAUGCUCCACCCUCUUCUCUCGCAACCAAAAGAACAAAACAAAAAUGAUUUAUUUAAAAAAUAAAAUAGGGUUGUGUGCAGCACUUAAGCAAUUUCUUGUUUUGGUGGCAGCUAAAUUUAGCUCCACCCGUGUCAACAUUUAAUUAAAUGAGAAAUAUAAUGGUACCCUGUGUGUCGUAGUCCCUGUGUGGUUUAAUUUGCUAGUGAAUCUUUUUUCUUCAUUCAGAGUGUAUGACUUAAUUGAUAAACCAAACGGGAUUUAAAAAAAUCUUUCCAAAAGUAUAAUUGCAUGCUUCGUUGAAGAGGAGGGCACCUGAAGAGAGGGAGCAGGUGGGACUGAUUGUGGGACUUAACAAAAAGAAGCCAGUUGAUUGAUUGUUUGCUUGCUUGUAAAUGGUUUCACUGCAGAAAUAAUAAUAUGCACAUUGUUUUGAUGGCAGUGGCAAGAGUCCUAGGAUACAAGGUGUGUGAACAAGAGCUACUCCGCCAGAAGGAUACCUCGGUGCUAGGAGAAUUCUGGUGUUUACAGUGCUUGCAAAGCUACUGUGCUUUUGCUGCCAGUGGGGAAAAAUGGAGUGUUCCAUUCAUUUCUGGGGUACAUCAGCAUGGUGUGUCUGCAGUCUUGUCAGUCAUUGAUCCAUGAUGUUGCUGGCUCGCUCUUUUAUGUAUGUUGUCCUCGGCCCUUAUUGCUGCCCAUUCUGAUCCACACUCCUGAUGUGAAAACACUUGCCCUCUUUUUGGUGUGUGCUCUCAUCCCUGAAGGCCAUUUUGCGCAUUGCACAACGGCAAGUGUAGCUUUGCCCUCAAUAAGACACUCAGCAGUAAGGUGUGCAACCAGUUGCAUCUUCCUGAGAAGUGUCCCGGCAUGAUGAAUGUGUCUCUUUCACACUUAUAAAAUGCAAUGUGUGAAGUUCCAGGGUUUUUUUACCCUGUGUAGCUAGGGUUAGAUAAUUUCCUUGCCCAGUGCCGGCCUAAGAUUUCCUGGCUAAAUUGAGAUUGUAAUCUAGUUAUUUAGGUUCAUGCAUUAUUUGCUUGACCAAAUUUAGCACCUUGUGCUGUGGUUUUUUUAGUAAUUGUGAGCAAAUUGGUGAGCCACUUACAUGUAUUCACAGAAUCAUAGAAUCAUAGAGUUGGAAGAGACCACAAGGGCCAUCGAGUCCAACCCCCUGCCAAGCAGGAAACACCGUCAGAGAACUCCUGACAUAUGGUUGUCUCUGCUUGUGGCCUCUGAUGCAUCCUUUUAGGAAUGGCUUCUUUACAUGGAUGGUAUCCCAACACUUUAAAUGUCUCUUAUGGCUGUGGUAUAUUUAUUGCAGCUGAUACAUGGCUUAUGAUGAAUGUGCUAAAGCCUUCACUGCAUCAGACAGCCUCUGUGCUUUCCAUGCCAUUUGAGGCUGAAAAGUGCAAACAAACAUUUAGCUAAUAAAAGCCAACUGUUUGUUUAUACUUUUCACAUUCGGAAGGCUCCAUCCGGUGAGUAGUUCAUCACCUGAGGUUUUGAAUGUGUUUUUUAAUCAAAUGCUUGCUUUGCCUUAGAGUCUUAAUCUCUUCCUAACUUGACUAAUUAUAAAACAAAAAGAUUUGCCUCAAAUUCUUAAGGUGGAUCUGCUACCCAAUGUUAAAAAGGCUAGCACCAUAAACUUUUUUUGUGAAAGUAAGAGUGUUUCACCCAGGUCAUGUGAAAUAGAGAUCCAGUGUGGAGUGAGAUUAAGAAGUGUGUCAAUAGGACCAAGGAGACAUGGAAUUCAAAUUGCUUCCCAGCCAUAGCUUGAUGGGUGACGUUGGGCCAGUCAUGUAGCACCCACUCAAUCUACCUCACAGGGCUGUUGUGUGCAUAAAACAGGGGAGGGGAAAGAACUGCCCUAAGCUCCUUGGAUGAUAAUGAUGAUGGUGAUGAUAUUUAUACCCCACCCAUUUGGCGCUAUUUCCCCAGGAUGGAUGAGAUAGAAAUGUAAUAAAUAAAUAAUCAUCCCCUCCCCUCUUUGUUUUCGUGCAGGUGCCAAUAUUGCCACUGGGGAAGAGGUAGCCAUUAAGUUGGAAUGUGUGAAAACCAAGCACCCGCAGCUCCACAUCGAAAGCAAAUUUUACAAGAUGAUGCAGGGAGGAGGUAAAUUCAGCGAAUAAUGAAAUACAAGUUGCUAUAAGGUACAGUGGGGUUUGGAUAUUAAACCUUGGUGCCUGCUUCUUGGUGUCUCAUAAGGGGUGUGUGUGUUUCGCUUCCCUCUUAGUGGGCAUCCCUUCCAUUAAGUGGUGUGGAGCAGAGGGCGACUAUAAUGUGAUGGUGAUGGAACUUCUGGGACCCAGCCUGGAGGACCUCUUCAACUUCUGCUCUCGCAAGUUCAGCCUCAAGACUGUUCUGCUCUUGGCAGAUCAGAUGGUGAGUUCUUAUAAUCUGUUCUUUAUGCUCACGUGUGCCUUUCUUCUCAGUUCCCUUCUUUGUAGCAGUAGUUCAAGAUUUAAUUAUCCUAAAUUAUUACGCUUGAGUGGGGAAUGGAGAAAAUGUACACAAAGGGUGUCUUGUUCUGCAAGAGCUGGAGAAGCAUAAAUCCUCAUGUAGGGAGAGAUGGGGUUUGUGUAGCGUAUGUGCUAUUGGCCAGUGCGGAAGAUGCUGAGGGCAAUGGGGUGUGUUGCUAGAGUUGGUAGUUUGUGAUGCACUUAGACCUGAGUGCUCUGAGUACCAUGUUUCCACACCCUCUUUGGCGGCAGCUGCAGCAAAAAAUUCCUGCUUCUGGCUCCAAAGUAAAUGCAUUUGAAAUGUUCCUUUUGAAAACCUAUUAAGCUCCAGAGGUCCUGUGAUUAGGCCCACGUUUUCACUUUCCUGCUACCGAAGGACAGAAAGUUGGGGUUAAAAGAAAGCUUGAGGUUCCCUGAUUUCUCUUUGAGAAACAUUGCAAGUUAGAGGAGACUUCAGGUUAACCCUCUUGUGUGUAUGUGGUUUGCUGUGUAGCUUGCAGUGCUAUUAGUGGCCUUGGUUUCACCAGUUUCUGUGUAUAUUCUCCUUCCUGGCACCAUUUCCCAACCCAUUUUCAGAUCAGCCGUAUCGAAUACAUUCAUUCCAAGAAUUUCAUCCACCGAGAUGUGAAGCCAGAUAACUUUCUCAUGGGGCUUGGCAAGAAGGGCAACCUUGUGUACAUCAUCGACUUCGGCCUGGCCAAGAAGUACCGAGAUGCCCGCACUCACCAACACAUCCCCUAUCGGGAAAACAAAAACCUGACUGGCACAGCCCGCUAUGCCUCUAUAAAUACUCACCUUGGAAUUGGUAAGCUUGUCUUACACUCCUGUGUUACUAUGGAGAACAUGGUUAGGUGGAGAAAAGUUGUUGUGGCCUUCUAUAUGUUGCUGGGCUCCCAUCAGCCUCCAUAGCCAGUGGGCAGGCAUAAUGAGAACCUUGAAUCCACAUGGUCUCCACCUUUGUGUUAAACAGUAAUCCAUUUCAUAGUGGUUAUAAUUUUGCAAACUUGUGUAAUAACUGCAGGGUUCCACUCAACACUAAGCUGAGCUUUCUCAGUCUGCAAUUGUGUGCUUUUUCGAAGUUCUGACAUGGCACAGACCAGGGGUCAUUUAACCGGCCCACAAGCUGCCCCCAAACCAAGCCGCCCGCUCGGCGAGUCUCCGCGCACUGCGCUAAACCAGCACAGCGCAGGGACUCGCUUCCAUGGCGCCGGAAAUCACAUCUGCACAGACACUGGAAAUCGCGGGCCCACGGGGGGGGGGGAUCUCCGCUGGAGUGAACCGGCCCAGGUGAGGUAAACCUUGCCAACCCCUGCGCCAGAAACAUGAAGCCACCUUUUUUUGUACAGCAGGCCGAGGGCAUUCUCUUACUUCGCUCCUUGCAGACUCCUUUGUGAUGCUACUGGCAACCUAAUAACUAAUAACACUUAGCAAUGGAAGCCCAUGGCAUUAGUAUCCAGUAUGAGGUCUGUGUUUGAAACUUCAAAUGGUGUAAACCAUUCAGCUUUUCAAGCAAUUGAUUACUCAAAUUUUACACAGUGAAAAGAAUUCUAAUGCGCUUUUUUGAUACGUCAUGUGAGGCAGUCUUUUCUGAAAUGCCAAAUAACUAUUUUGAAUGCCUUCCUGCGUUUGGACAGAGCCAGGGAAAGAAUGUCAUUUUUCUCCCUCCCCCUCCCCCUCCCCAAAAAAGUGGCACAGGGGAAAUGGACUAGCAGAUCUCUGUACUCUAUGUAGGCUGGUCCUUCAAGAGUUCUAGAGGUCUUACUAGCCACACCCAGUUAUUCAGGGAAAAUAUUUAAACUAAUGUUUUAGUUGAUUGUGCUCAUUAAUCUAUACUGGUUACCCUGUCUCAAAAAAGGAAUUAAGAGAGCUGGGGAAGGCUUAAGGAGAGCACAACUGAAAUGACCAGGGACUUGGAGUAUUGGAGAACUUUUUCACCUUUAGUUUAGGGGGAAAGGAUGGCUAAGGGGACAUAAGGGAGGAUAUAAAAUCAUGAAUCAUUUCGAAAGAAUCUGAUAAUUUAUAUCUUUCAGAGUACUGAUAAUUUAUAUCUUUCAGGUCCUUCAGGUUGCUAAAAAUCCACCUAAGGUUAAUUAUGUUCAUGCAAUGCAUAAUUAACUUUGGAUUAAUUGCUCAGAUGGCUUUUUUUAGGGGGGAGGAUGGUUAGACAAACGUGUGGAGUCUUUGAAUGGCAAUCGGCUAUGAAAGCUAAAAAUGGAAUGGUAUUUCCUACCAACAAGGUAUAACUGUUAACAUCAUGCUCUGCUUGGAAGCUUACAAGGGGCAGCCUGCUGGACAUUGGAUCUGUAGCGUGGCUCAGAAAGGCAAGUUGUUGUGGGAAAUUCCCAUCCUCUGCUAGCCUUUAACUGUGCUGCUGAAGAAGAAAGGAAUGCAUAGCAGAACUGAAGUAACAGUAGAACAUGUUUUUUGGGCCCUUUGGCAGCUUAAGCUUCUGGACAAUUGGCCAGUGACCUAGUCAGCGCAUAAUUUAAUGUCAAAUGUUAAACAGUCUUAAAAUUUAUCUGCCACGAUGACUUCCUUUUGCUGCCUUGCCAAAAGAGAGAGAGAGAAAGACUUGCUGUUGCCCGUCUGCCGGAGCAGAAAAUGCAUCCUCUCUCCUCGACAGCUCGGAGAGAAUCACACAGUGAAAAACCAGGAAACCAGUGUACGUCACAUCCAGUCUCCCUUUCCCGUGAGAAACUCCAACAGUACAGACUGUGGAAUGUAAACACCUGUCUCGUGACAAGCAGAGCUGCACAGUGAACGAAAGCAGAAACCAACAUCAUCCCCUUUCUGUGAACAUCACUGGGCAGCGUGUUUGCACAAUAUCAGUACAAACCCAACUUCUGCACAUAGGUACAGUGUUGAUCCCUCGAUACAAUCUUGGACAAUACAUCAGCAGGAAUUUUAUUACCUGGCAUAUAGGACACCGUUACGAGUCCCUUCUGAAUACAUUCCAUAGCAUGCUGCAACUUUAAUUGCAAGUGCUUUGUGCUUUGCUUACAACCUUCAGACUUCAGCAAAGCCAAACAUGCUUUGUUGUCCUGGUAAACCUGGAUUGGACAUUUGACAGGAAUUUUCAUAUCUUUGCACAAUUGUACUAACCAUUCACAAUCCUUAAGUGAAUAAGACAGUGCAUUCAGUUCGGCUUCACAAGUACUUAAGCUAACUGUUGUUUGCUUCUUGCAUGACCAAUCAAACAGACUCUGAUUGUACAUGUAGCAAACUCCAGACGUACUUUUCCUGUCUGUAGCGUCACUUCCAAAACUUGCAUCUGCAAAUAUCUCAAGACCACCAGACUUCUGAUUGUUAAAUCUCAGUCUGUAAUGCAUAGUGCCUUUCAAAUACCGCGCUAUGCGUUUCAGAGCUUUCCAAUCCUUGACACUAGGAUUGUUGACUUGUCUGCUUAGCAAAUUACAGCUAACAGCAAUGUCUGGUCUUGAACAUCUGGCAAUGAAGUUUAGCUUGCCUAGCACACUCCUGUACAGUGUAGUGUCAGAAAAUGCUUCUUCAGUGUCAUCUACCUGAUAACCUGUUGUCAUCGGUGUGUCUACAGGGUUAGCAUCCAUCAGAUUUAGUUUGCUUAACACAUCAGCAAUUUUCCGUGACUGGUGUACUAGAAUGUUACCAUCUUGAUCUCUCUCUAUUUCCAGAGAUAGGUAGUUGUUUACCUCACCAAGAUCUUUCAUGUCAAAGUGCUCUUUCAGUUGAGCUAGGGCGCUAUUGUACAUUGCAACAUCUUUCCAAAAGAAUAAUAAAUCAUCAACAUAAAACAAACAGUACAGUUUCUUUUGCCCCUCCUCUUGACAAAUACACAUGGAUCAGCUUUCCUUGCUGAAAACCUAGAGAAAACAAUACUUCAGUGAGUUUUGUGUGCCAACACCGUGCACUUUGUUUGAGACCAUAAAGGGAUUUCUUCAGAGCACAAACAAAUCCCUGUUUUACCUGUACGCCAUCAGGUGGAAGCAUAUAAAGUGAUUCAUCUAGAGAUCCGUACAGAAAAGCUGUAUUAAUAUCAUGGUGACUAAUGUGUAGAUUUUCCUCUGCAGCUAGCUUAAGCAUAAGCCUAAUGCUUUCAUAUCUCACUGUAGGUGAAUAGGUCUCGUGAUAGUCUUCACCUGGUACCUGUGCAAAACCUCUGGCUACCAAUCUGGCUUUGUGUCUGACUAUCUUGCCAUUUUGAUCUGUCUUCGCUUUGAAGACCCAUUUGCUUCCAAGCAGUUUCAUUCCUGGAACUACUGGAACUAGCUCCCAUGUUUUGUUCCUUUCUAAGGAAUCAAGCUCAGCCUUCAUGGCAUUUAACCAUGGCUCAGCUUCCUUGAAUCCAAACCCUGGAUUUCUUGGAAACUUGAAGGUUCAAAUACCUUCUUGGAGCUUUUAACAGCUGUUACUGCUAUCGUAGCAAACUCAUCAGCAAAUCUCUUUGGAGGUUUGCCUUUGUGGCUCUCUGUGACCUACGAAUUAGCCUUAAGUCUUCAACACUCUCCUCUUCCUUCUUAGGAGAAAAACGACCUAUUGUGAACAAUGGUUCCUCCAAUUCUUGAUCAGAGCUUUCAGAGGGUCGCAUAGAGGCUUUCGCACUCUCGAAAUCCUCUGAAUCACCCGAUUCAGUUUCAGAUUCAGACUCAGAACCUUCAUCAGUGGGUGUGGGUUGUUGUGGUUGCUUUUGACUAUCCUCAGUCUCAUCACCGUCAUCAGGAUAACAUUGGAAAAUUCCCACAUUCCCCCCCACUUUGCAUUGUACUCAACACUUCUCGUGAGCUUAAUUGUCUUAGAGUCAGUCAUCAUUAUUCUGUAAGACCCUUUCUGAUAACCUAGAAAGAUACCAUGCAAUCCACGCUUGUCUAACUUGGAGUUUUGUGGUGAGCGAACCCACAUGUCAGAACCAAAAUCUUCAUGUGUUUGAUGUAUGGCUUCUGCCAAACAUCUUCUCAUAGGGGUACAACCAAUCGCUGAAGAUAACCUGCGAUUGUAACUGUAAACAAAACACGAGAGAGAUUCGGCCCAAUAACUCUCUGGAAGAUUGGCAUCAUGCAGCAAGGUUUUUAACCCUUGAAGCAAUGUCUGAUUUGCCCGCUCCGCAAGUCCAUUCUGCCAUGGCGAGCGAGGACUAGACAAAUCGUGUUGAAUUCCUUUCUCAGUCAGAAAAGCUUCAAACUGCUGAGAAGUGAAUUCUCCCCCGCGAUCACUGAAAAGAGUCUUUAUCUUCUUACCAUGCACAUUUUCCAACCAAGCACAGAAUUCCUUGAACCUAGGAAAAGCCUCCGAUUUCUGCUUGAGAUUGUACACAAAAAUAUAUCUAGAAAAUGCAUCAAUGAGAACCAUGAAGUAUCUAUUUCCACCCAAAGAGGGCGCUAGUGGUCCAACCAAAUCAGCAUGAACAACCUGGUAUGGUUCUGUAGCUUUCCUACUAGACACCUUACCUUUCGCAGCCAUUUUCACUUUGUUUGCUGCGCAUGCUUUGCACUUCAUGUGGUACCUGCAGGGUUUAAUAGUCAUACCUUCAACCAAGGCAGGCAUUUUAGAUACUGCCUCAAAAUGCAAAUGACCAAAUUUUCGAUGAAAAUCGUGAAUACAUUCUGCAUGCAAACUUUUGUUAGAACCUGCAAUGCAACAAGUGUCAUCCUGCACCACAUCAUCAUAAUACAAAACAAACAAACGAUCAACAUAUUCUGCAUGCAAUACAUAAUCAUUUUUCUUUGUGAUGAUGCACUUCUUGUUCUUGAAGGAAACGUCAAUGUUCCGCUCAUUCAGCUGUCCAACGCUGAGCAGAUUAUGUUUGGCGUCUGGCACGUAAAGCACAUUCUGUAUCGAUAAGUCCAAACUGUGAAGAACAACAGUUCCGUAGCCUUUACUGGGAAUAGUGUGGUCAUCCGCCUGGUGAAUCGCACCUUCCUGCGGUGUAAAAGACACAAACAGUCUCUUAUCGUUGCACAUGUGGUGGGUGGCCGCUGAAUCAACAACGAAGAAAGAUCUAGACGUCUUCUGGACCUCUGCAACCUUUGGAGUGAAGCGUGAAACCAUAGCCUUGUGCUGCGUUGUCCUAGACACCGGACCUUUGCCUUUGCCUCGGCCUUUUCCGCGCGAUGAGCUUCGCUGCGCUGCUCUGUCUUGGCCCUGGGAUGUCUGCAUUUCCUCUUCAUAUGGCCUAGACGUCCACACGAGUAGCAUUUCACUGCCUUCAAAGCUUUGGCGCCAUCUGGUGGUUCCACUGCACUAUGGGAUGACGUCUGUGAAGACUCCCUUGCCCAUGCAGCUAGCACCCCGGCGAUCUGCUUCAUUUAAAAUCACGGCAGUAACAAAGUCCACUGUCAGCUGAGCAGUUGGUUGCACAGCAAUCUGGGUUGCAACAGACUCCCAACCUGAACCCAAAGAUUGUAGUAUCAUGAAAGAAUACACAGCCUCUGGAAAGUUGAGUCCUCUCUGUUGCAGCUCAUGUCUCAGAUUUUGCAUCUCCAUCAGAUGUAAACGCACAUCUCCACCUUCAGCAAGAGCCAUAUUAUGCAGCUUGUUAAAGUAAAACAUAGUGGAUCCAGCUUCUGUCCUUAAGUGAGCCUCUCUCAAAGCGUCCCAAAUUUCUCUGGCUGAGGUCUUAUCACGCAAUAGACAGAGCUCUUCUGGGGAUACUAUCAAUGUAAGAGUUCCCUUGCUUUGGAAUCCUUAGCUUCCCAUGCAUCUGUAACUGGAACUGGGGGUUCCUGUAAUCACCUCAAACAAACCCUCUUUCCGCAGAAUUGCCUCUGCAUACAGAACCCAGUCGGCUAUAAUUUUUCUUGUUGAGCUUAGGAAUCCCACAAGCAUCCUGAAGGGCCAUCAUGACUCUGGCAUUAGCCUUCAGCGUCAUAUAUAUGCUGCUUUAAAUCCGCCCCCGUGAACUUGGAACGUGCAAUUAAUUUUUAGGCAUGCAAAUAAUUUUUUAUAGCUGCAGGAAAGCCGUUGACCUGCAGAAUAUCUUCCUCCCCAUUGUGUUGAAAACAACAAAGCAGUAGUGUUGCUGCGUGGAAGAUUGGAGGAUCCCAGUACUGUAAAUAUGUUCUGCAUCACAUUGAGAUCAAUAAGAGGGAAAUGUUUCACGUGCUUUGUGUUUUGAGAUACAUUUACUGUAUUUUUCGCCCUAUAGGACGCACUUUUUCCCCUCCAAAAAUGAAGGGGAAAUGUGUGUGCAUCCUAUGGGGCGAAUGCAGGCUUUCGCUGAAGCCUGGAGAGCGAGAGAGGUCAGUGCGCACCGACCCCUCUUGCUCUCCAGGCUUCAGGAAGCUCUGCGCAGCCAUCCCUAGCCCGGCACGAAGUUGCGCCGGGCUCCCAACGGCUGCGUGGAGCUGCCUGCGUUCCAAAGCUUGGGACGCACUGAAGAGCGCGCCCGGGCUUCACGCACCUCACCGCAAGCCUGGGGAGACCAGCGCGAGUUCGCGCCGGGCUCCCUAGGCUUGCGGAUAGCAGGCUGUUCUGGGGGCUGGGGUCGGGGGAAGCUCGGGCUUCCCCCGCGCCAGCCCCGUGCCUGGGGGGGAAAUAAAUUUUUUUUCUUUAUUUCCCCCCCAAAAAACCUAGGUGUGUCCUAUGGGGCGGUGCGCCCUAUGGGGCGAAAAAUACGGUACUUGCAUUUCCUUUAGUGAGUCUGUUUUUGGUGAUUGAAAGCGUGGGGAGUGGGCUUCACUCUUUCUUCCUUGAAUAAGUGGUUGUUGUUGUUUAUAGUGUUUGUUAACAUAUUUACCAGCUGAGCAAAACUGACCCAAUUCUGGACAGGAUGUGUCUAGUACCAGUGUCCACUGGUAAUGGGGGACAAUCCGUUCUUCAGCUUUAAAUAAUCCUAAUAAGCUCCUAGGGAACAAUGGGGUUCCCAGGAAUAGAGCUUUAAAAUAAUAUUAUCAUCCCCAUCACUGGUCCCUUAAGAGAAAUAUUAGUUUUGGCUCAUGGAGACUUAAAACGUGGAAUCUCAUAACUAGGUAUUUGCUUUUGUCAUCAUGGCAAAUUGUCUUCGUGUCAUUUGGUUGGUUGCUGUGUUCUUUUGAUAAAGAUGCAUCUGUAAGAAUCGUGCAGUGAUGAGCUUCAUCAGUGGUAGCCAACAUGGUGCCCUCAUAUGUUGCUGGACUUUAACUUGCAUCAUCACUGACCGUUGGCUGUACUGGCUGGGGCUGAUGGGAGUUGUAGUCCAGCAACAUCUGAAGGGCACCAUGUUGGCUACCGCCGUGUACAUGCUCUGUAAAGGCUGAUAUUUCAGACAGCUUGGUCUUUUUUAGAUAGCAGUACAGUAUGAAACAAAAAGCAAAUUAUUAUUUUUUAAAUGGUAUGGCGAGUCUUACACAACUAUAUUGUGAGGACUAGUGCUUAUUACUGAUUCAAACAGGAAUCUGAUAAAGAACUUUCCUAAUAAAUUAGUCAUCCAAUCAGUUGCAUGAAUGUGAGAGACUAGUUGGUAGAUUAGUAUUGUUUGGGAUGCUGUAUAUGCUUGUAAAAAAGCAUUGAGGGGUAUUGGUAGAAUAUGGUUGCUAUUUGUAUAUAUUUCUCUCUUAUUUAUUGUGUAGAUGUUCUGUGCUUUGCACAUUGGAAUUUUCCCUUCUCAUUGUAAGCCAUUUUGGGUACCUUCUGUAGAAAAGCAGAAUACAAAUAAUAAUCUUGAGUUGUGGUCUCUGGUAGUUUAUGAAAAGAGCUGACAGACCACGGUUUGUGAUCAGUCAGCAAACUAGAAUCUGAAACCGUGGUUUGAAAUUGUGGCUCAUGCUGUUUUUUGGCAUGCUGUGUCCCCCUUGGCCAACCGUAGUUAAGGUCUCUGAUCUGCCUCCAGAGGUCCUUAUGCCUGCAAAUGGGGAUGCUGAAUAGACGGAAAAUGAAAUCAGAUAAGCAGCCCAAACCAUAGUUGUGAACCACCCUGAGAUCUGCGGAUGAAGGGCACCCACACCCACCCACAAAACUAUGGUUAGUGCAAAGCAAGAUUUGCCUGUUUUAAGUUGUCUGGAUUGAUAAAAUGUGUGUUGAUAUUUAUCUGUGCCUGUUGUGCAGGCCAUGUGUACAUGCAGCAAGAUUAAGAAGUUUACAAUUGUCAUGCAGGUUGUGUACAACUUCCUGCGUGGUGUUUUUCGUGUAAGAAUUUUUUCAUGGCUGAGGGGUUCCUUAGUCAAGGUCCUUUCAGCAACGCUAACUGCUAGACUGUGUAUGUAGUAGCCAUGCAUAAAUCAGUCCCAGCUGCUGUUUGCAUGAAUGGAUCUUUUGGACUUGGCAAAUAAGCAGCUAAAGUGUGUGUUUGCAUGUUGAUUGGAGGGACCUUAAGACUCAGCAGUCUGACUUGCGUAUUGUAAUGAAUGUUUUGACAUUCCUCUUAGAAAGGCAAACAACCAUACUAUAUAAACCUGACUGAUCUAGAUAUUUCAACCUUAAAUAGUAACCUGCUGGAAAUUCUGCUUUUUUGUUUUUCAUUUAAAUGAGUGGCUUGUCUAAUUCUUGCAAGGCUAAGUAAUCAGAAGCUCUAAAUUAAAAAAAAAUCUGCGGUGGGGGAAAUCAAACUCAGGAAGCUGUAAAUCCGUAAGCUACAUUGAGAAUGCAGAUUUUGGAAAUGUAUCUUUUAUUUUUUAUUAUCUUUUAUGUUUGGAUAUUGUGGUACUGGAAGGCAGGGUGUAAAACACCUUCACUAUUGCCACUUUACUAUGCAGGAAUUGUGUUUUAUUUUAAAUGCACAAUUACAGUCAGAGUUCUUCAUUUAAAGAAAAACAAGUUUAGUGACCAGAAUGUCAUGUUAGAUUAUGACACAGUAUUAUGUGCAGUACUAUGUACUGUGAUCUAUUUUGAGGCAGGCCUACCAACUUGGAAGCCCCUAGACCAAAUGCAGCAUGCCAGUCAUAGAUUGCUGGCGGUCUGAGGCUGAAUAGUCGCGCCCCCAGGCUGACCCUCCGUGUUAACAUAAACUCUGCACUACUGAAACCUCGUAAAUAAAAUGGGCUUCAGGCACUUGUACGCAAGGCCUAGUGGAUUGUCUGAAGUCUUGUGAGGAGUCUAGGCAGGAGCUAUAAUUGGAGCCGGCAAAGCUUUUAAAUGGACGUUUGACAAGUUUGCCAUUAUUCAGAGUCUAGAAUUUUGUGCUUUAAAAAUACCACCUUCUGAAUUGGCAAAUGUGGCUGGUUGACUUCAUUUUGGCUGCCCAGCUUUAGCAGCGAUUUUAAUGAAUGAACCUAGUACAUUCUUAUUCUGUAGUAUACUUGUGUUUGACUUUUUAGGAAGGAGGGGGGAAAUGCAUUCUGUUGAACUUAAUUUGGCUACAGUAUUCUAAAUUUGAAUGUGCAGUGCAGUGAUUACAGUGUCCAGAGGACAUGCUGGGUGUGUAUCUAUUCAAACACUGAGUCGAGCGCUUCACCUGGACCUUGCAGGAAAUAGUACCAGGAGGAACAAUUCGGGAAAGGCAGCUCUCUAGUCAGCAUGGAGUCAAGCAUUCCAGUCAACUUUCACAUGCUCAAAAUAUGUCUUCCAGCAUAUCCUGCACCCUUUAGAUCUCGAGAUAUAUGAAACAGACACCCAGAAGUGCCCAGGGCAAUGGCCUGUAACAGACCUUGUCUAAAUAGCUGGAGGAGAAGGGCAUAAAUAUCCGAAUGGUGAUUCCUCCCCUCUCCUUGCUCCAGCUGGGCCCCAGAGCCUUCCUGCCGAUCCUCCCUUCUAGCAUCUAUAGUUGAUUUCAUGCCAAAGUGUAAAGCAUUAUCCACACACUCCAGGUCAGGGAAUCAAAAUUUACUGAUUUCUCUGAUUUUUAAUGCCAGUCAGCAGCAGGCAGGACCAAGCCCCAAAUUGGCGAGAUGUUGCCUGAUGCUGCCGCUGCUUCUCCAGUGGGGUGUGGGUGGCGCAGGUGGCUGUGGCAGGGCAGGGCGCCACUUCCUGUUAAUGCCCCAAGUGGCAAAAUGGUUAAUCAUGAGCCCGGGCCCCAAGCACCCCAAAGCUCCAUUCUGAUUUAUGAUUCAAAAUGGCUUCUGGUGUUGCGGGAAGCAGUGAAAAAGUAGAUGCAUGCCUGCUUCUCACGGUUUUUCUGCUGCCAUGGUGAAACCACCUACAGUGUCUGAGGCCAAGUCAAUGUGAAUAAACAUAAAACUUUCAGAAGUUACAUUAAAAACAAAAACAAAGCCCUGCUCCUCCCUGUUAAUGUGUUAAUUUAACAUUGUUCUCACAGAGAGGAUUCCACAGACAGUUGAACGCGUCUGUUCAGCUGAAGGAGCUGUAUGACUUGAGUUGUGCCACAACAAAUUUAUUAGCAUCCUUUAAUGUGCCUCAGGACUUUGGUCCUCUGCUGUAGCAAAAACAAACCAAAGGAGGCAAGCUUGUGUUUAGAAUACAGGAUAACACAAAGUCUCCACCCAGGAGCCCAAAGGGUGCGCAGGUGCUGAAACUUCCCCUCGAGGCACCUCCCUGAAGUCUGUUGCUUUUCUCUGAGGAGAGCUCUGGUGCUAGUCGUGAGCUCAGCUGGAAGAAAAGCGCUGGGGUGAGUGGGGGAGAGGCUGUGGCAGGCACAGGCUCAGGGUGCCCCUGCCAAAUGAAGACGGACCUUUUUUGGGGGAAUAGCAUCCUGGCAAGGGGACAACAUUCCCAGGCACUAUCCUGCUAGUCUCCUUUUGCAAAAAGUAAAGGCCUUUGUGUUCACCCAAGCCCUUUAAAAAAGUCUUAUGAAACCUGGACUAUGUGUUUACCUCUUGGGGUGUGGUUUAAAUGUUUGUUGCAUUUUUCUUUAUAUUAUGUGUACACAGAGAGAGAGAGAGAAAGAGAGAGAGUAAACUGUCCAGGUAACAUUAUGUUAUGUUAGAAGGUGUAUAGAAGAUGUAUAUGCAUAUAGAUAGGUAGAAACACACAAACAUACCUCUGCUUUAUAUAUGACUGGGGCAACCCCGCUUUUCAAGAUUCACAUUUCUGUUCCCUUUGCACCUAACAACUUUUUCACUUCUUUGUUUACAAUUUUUUUAUUCUGCCUCUCCACCAAAUAGUGCUUAAGGCAGCUAACAGUGAUAAACUUGUUUGUUAGCUUGUUCAUUUCGUUUGUGAAUUGCUUCUCAUGAAGCAUCCCAAAGCACUUCAGCAAUAAAAACAAAUAUAAGAAGAAGUUUCAAGUCCAUUGGAUUUUUAAAAAUACCCAGUAGUUGGGGAGAAAGGUCUUUGGUGGGUACUGAAAGGGUGAUAGAGAAGACAUGCCUGCCUUAUAUGAAACGCAAAUGAGUUCCAAAAGAUGUAAAAUGCAAAAUAUGGGUACUUCUCUGGGGUUUGUGUGGUCUGUUUUUUUAAAAAGAAAAAGCUGCAAGCUGCUUUUCUCCUACUGUAUUUCCCCCUGUAUCUGUAAAACUUUAGUAGUUUAAUUUGUGGUGGCUUAUAGCAUUUUGUAUGGUAGCGUUUGUUUUAGAAUAUUGGGUUUUGAUUACUUAUUUGUAACCUGCCUUUCUUUUAGGAAGCUCAGGGGAGUGCACACAAUUCCCCUCCCUGUGUAUUUUGUCCUCACAGUAACCCUGUGAGGUAGGAUUGGCUGAUAGUGUCUGGUCCAAAAUCACCCAGUGAGCUUUGUGACUAUGGGUGGAUUAGAACCAGAAUGGCUGUACAGUACUUCACUUUGAGACAAUGAAAUCCUUUCUCAGUGAUUAAAAAUUCACUCGGGUCGUUGCUGCUACUUAGCCGCAGCACGGGUGCUGAGGAUAAAAUUGGAUCAAGAUGCAUUGGAACCUGCCUUGAACCCUUGUAAGCUAGCUGAGUUGUUAUUAGGGAAUGCUGGAGAAAUUAGUACAAUAGGAAAACAGCAAAAGGGAAUACUGUAUCAUUUUUCAUACUGACAGUGCGAUGAAUAUUGCUCAGUCUGUAUACUAAAUAGAUCUUUUGGACAGAAAGCUAUUUUCUAUACGGACAAAUCUUUCAGAGACGGAGCUUCUUCUGUAGUAACACCCCCCCCCCUUCCUGAUACGAUCCAAACAAGGAAAUGGCACAGAUACAGGGAACAGAAAUCCAGCCACAGUAGAAAGAUAUUUCGGCCAAAUGCACGCUAGAGGCCAAGUAAUAAAGGUCAGGGCCACAGUCCAUCACAGUUAAGCAUGCUUAAGCCCAUUUGAUAUCAAUGAGCUUAAGAGUGCUUACCUCUGUACUAGAUUUUAUUUUUCUUCUCCUCAGCUGCACACUGAAAUAUGAAAGGUUUCUGUUCUGUUCUUGUUUUUUACAUUACUAGUGCUCUCUGAGAAUUUUUCAGCUAUUCUGGCAUACGGUAGGGUAAAAAGGCAGGGUCAGCUGAAACUUUAGGUAGCAGGAAACAUGAAAAAGCAGAAGGAUAGACACCUGGUGCCACAAGGAUCCACAAGAGGCAAAACAUACAUUUUGGUCAUGUGUGUUUCUCUCUCUCUCUAUAUAUUUAUAUUUAUAUAAAAAAUAGGGCAGACAGAAGUUAUCCCUUUAUCAACACACUGUGGUCUUGAUGAAAAUCACUUCCUUGAAGAUGCUAUUUGCAUCAGGAGGGAGUUUGCAUUUAGACAGCGGCUGCUAUUUCAAAAAGACAGGCCAAACCCACAUGCGUUAACAUAACACACAGUUUCCGCCGCCCUGAAACCAGUGCUAAAUGUGGGAGUGCCAUCCUUCUUAGCAUCUGAGGAAGGACAAAUCAUAUACAAAAGAUAAGUUGAAUUCUAAAAAGCAUCUAGAAUUGUAUCAUCAGUUAGUACAGAGCCUUGUAAAUAAGCCCAGAAAAGUUACAAGCCUUCUACAAACACACACACACACACACACACACACACACACACACACACACACACACACACACACACACACACACACACACACACACACACACACACACACACACACACACACACAUGGGCCUGUUAAGGCUAGCAGAGGAGAGAUGACUCUGUCCCCCUCCUCCAGCAGGCUGUUGCCUUGCUUUGAUGGGAGUUGAGAUGGGUUUCUUCUUCUGGCCGCCUGUUUGUUUUCUGCUGGGCACCACCAACUUGAUCCGUUGUCUGCAUGCUAUUCCUUGUCACCCAUGGCUACUAGGCAAGUGCUUAAAUACAAGCCUGAUUAUACAUUUACUUUGGGUUAUUAACUUUGGCUUCUUUUGGUCAUGGGGAAAGGUAACCAUCGAAGCCUUGAUUAUAAGAAAUCUUGUUUCCUCAGAAUCUCUUCUUUGCAGUCUUGAGUGCCUACUUUUUCAAAAGAAAAAAGAAAGAUAGCUGAAACUCCAAAGAUAUUGAAUUGUGUACCAGUUUCAGUACCUCUUUUCCCUUCCAUGGUUUUGUGCAACACAUAGCCCUGCCUGGAUCUCAGUCUUGCCACAUACUUGCAGGACUCCGUCAGAGGGGAUGAGCGUGGGCCUGCUUUUUAAAAUAUAAAUAUAAACAAUUCUUCAUUUCUUGGCAGGAUAAGCCAAAUUCUCUGUUCUGUAGCUUGUCUAUAUCAUCACCUUGACUUUUCUGACGUAAUGCAAGCUAUUGCUGGAAUAGCUCUGCUUCAUGUAUGUGUGUGCAUCUGUUUCCAGAACAAAGUCGCCGUGAUGACUUGGAGAGCUUGGGCUAUGUGCUGAUGUACUUCAACCUUGGCUCACUGCCUUGGCAAGGCCUGAAGGCUGCUACAAAGCGCCAGAAAUAUGAGCGCAUCAGUGAGAAGAAGAUGUCGACGCCCAUCGAGGUGCUCUGCAAAGGCUACCCUUGUAAGUUCUUCCUUUGCAUGCACAAGUUGCACGUGCCCUUGCACCUCCUACACUCAGAGAUUCGUGCCUCCAUAAACAUACUCAAAUUUGUCUAGUUGCCAUGUUUGCAUGUGCUCUGUGACCUUGCUACCUAUUUAGGAUCGAGAUGAACGUUGUUCCUCUGAUUGCAAAAUAUUUGGGUGAACAAUCUGAGUCUUUCAACGAGUUCUGCCCCCAGUAGUCUAAUAACUGUAGCUACAGGGGCUGCCUCGAGGUAAGGGACAAGCCUGGGAAAGGGUCAUAGCUGAGUGGUACAGUAUCAGUUUUGCAUACAGAAGGUCCCAGGUUCAAUCCCCAGUUAAGAUUAGAAGAGAGCUGUCUGAAACUUUGAAGAGCUGCUGCCAGUCAGUGUAGACUCUACUGAGCUAGAUGGCUCAGCAGUCUGACUUGGUAUGAGGUGGCGGCUUAUGUUCCUAAAGCCUUGCUUGUACCUGAAGCAGUCUGCUGGGUAUAUGUUGGGCAAGCUCAUUUCAGAGUCUCCAAAUAUAGGCCUCUGGGGCUUAUGCAGAGCAGGAUUAAGUCCAUAUGCUAUCCCCUUUAUAGAGGGAAUUGAAAGCCUUAAAUGUGUGUAUUCAAGUAUGUUAAGUCGCAGAAUGUGAUGGACAAAUGUCACUGCCUAUGAACAGAUGCACAGCAGUCUGUCUUUCCUGCUUAAAGCAUGGCCUCUCCCUGUACAGCACCAAUACCAGAGGUGCAUGCCCUCCCAUUAUACAAGUCCUGAGUCUCGAUGGGCGGACCUGCAUUUGUGAGAGGAAGGACUGAAAAUCUGGAAGGAAAGUGGGAGGGGUGGCAUGCAAGCCUGCCCGUAGGUUAUUUCUCUCUGGUUUUGGGAAAAGGGGGGUGAAUUUGGGGGCAUGUAUUUGGCAGGUUUCUGUGGGAGUAAACUGGAGUAAAAGGGAUAGGAAUAGUCAUGUACCUGUUACCUCUGCAAAUGGACGAAAUAAAAAGGGCUUUUGCACCAGGUGGGCUUUAGGCUUGAUGACAGAAGAAGCACCACAGCUGAAAAGGUCUUUUCUUGGGUCCAUAAUAUGACCCCAAGAGGAUAGACAAAGAAAAUCUUAAGUGCUAACUAGGCUUGUUUUCCUUUCCCUACAUUGCUGCCUAAAGUUGGUGUGAGAAAUAGCCAAAAUAUGAAAUGAACACAACCAUAUAACAUGUUCAUGCUGCUCUGGCUCUUUGAAGUUGGAGAAUUUCUCAUUGUUUAUUUAAAUACUUAAAAAAAUUAAAACGUACAUAAAAUAGAAAGACAAACAGGAAAACUAAAACAUAAUAACAAACUAAUAGAGUAAUAUUAACAGCAGAUAAUGUAUCUAAAGAUUUAAAAUACAUUAAAAGAUAUUAAGGCUGGUGAAAUUUCUGGGGGAAACAAAAAAGGCUUCACCUGGUGCUAAAAGUUGACAACUUAGUGCCGGGUGAGUGUCUCAAGGGAAGGCAUUCCACAACUGCAGUGGCACCUCUGAAAAGGCCCCUCUAGUAAUCUAUAACAUGAAGACUUUAGGAAGGCAAAGAAGAGAACAGCAGAGCCUCAUUGGGGGGACUGCUGUGCUUGAUGGCAACUAAUAAUCUCUCCCUGCUUUUCUCCCAGCUGAGUUCUCAACAUACCUCAACUUCUGCCGUUCGCUGCGGUUCGAUGACAAACCAGAUUACUCUUACUUGAGGCAGCUGUUCCGCAACCUCUUCCACCGCCAGGGUUUCUCCUAUGACUACGUGUUCGACUGGAACAUGCUCAAGUUUGUGAGUAAUUCCAGUUCUGAGCCUUUUUGUUGUGACCUGGAGUCUGCGUGUGCUUGUGAGCUGCAAGUGGAGGCAAGUGGGGUGAAUGGUAGGGAUGGCCAUGCUUGAGGGUCUCUUUUUUAUUGAGGGAUUCUUGUGUUCACACAUUAUACUAGUAAUUCUUCUUAGUAGCAGAGUUCUGUGUCCUGACCUCAACUGCUGUUGUUUGUUUUUCAAAUAAAAAGCAAGUUAAAAAACCCUGCAUGGCUGUAGAAAUAAGCUUGGAAGCAAGUGCAUAAAGAUCACACCCACACGAUUCAUUUAAAUAAUAUUUAAAGUGCGUAGCUUCUUCCAGCAAAUCCUGGGAACUGUAGCUUGCCCCUCACAAAGCUACAAUUCCCAGUACCUUUAAUAAACUACAUUUCCCAGGAUUCUUUGGGGGAAGCCAUGUGUUUUAAACAUAUGAUCUGGAUGUGACCACAGUCUCAGAAGACACACGAUGGGGCUUCUUGUUCUGCACUGUUCCUUGUUGGACCAUAGCCAAAUCUUGUUGUGAUGGGGCCUAAAGAUAUGCUGAGGUGGCACUGUAAAUUGAUGGAAAAACUUAAAUAUUUAGUUGCUGUGUUCUUAAUUUUGGCUAACCAUGAGAGGGAGCAUGGGCUGGUGGGUGGUGUACCCUCUCGCUCCCCUUCCCUGAACGUUCAGCCUUCUUUUUUCUUAAGUGAAAUGAGUCUCUGUCCUCAAACCUAAGUUGAUUAGAUAUUAGAUAACAGUAUAAGAACAAACCAAGCCCCUGAUCUAGCAGGUUGGAGGGGGCAGUUGUAUACCUGCGCCUGGCCUUGCCUGGCCCCCUCCUGCAAAGGAAGCUUCACCCAUCAGCAGGAAAGCCCUUCUGCUGAGGAGCAACUUCAUGCAUCUGCCCAAACAGCCUGGGAGCUGGCACAGCGAACGGACAUUUACCACCACCUUCUGUCCUCCCCGGCAUGAUCAGCAGGACUGUGGAUGCAGCGCUGGCUGCGUCACUCCACUAAGCCGCACCACUGCCCCCCAUGAGUUAUGGUUGCGGCAUAAAUUCCAAGCAUUUGUCUCUCAUCUAAGCUCCUUUGCACUCUUAUGUCCAGAACACUGGAAGACAGGACAAGUUACCAUUUACUGAGCAGCAGCAGUAGAACAUUGCCUAAACUUUUAAUUCUUUUCAGCGUGAAAAGGGUAGAGACUCAUUCCACUUUUUAAAAAAAGAAAGAAAAGGAAAACUGAACAUUCAAGGAAGGAGCCUAAGGGGGUUCACCGUCCACCCGCCCACACUCCCUGUCAUGGUUAGAAGAAAUAAAGAAAGCAAAAUAAACCAGCAUAUGGAAGCUGUCCUGUAUGAUUCAGCAUGACGGUUUUCCUUCCCUCCCUCCCCUGAACUCUUAUCUCGUUGCAUGUGCAGCUAAUUCUGCAUAUGAAUAAAGUGAUUUGUACCCACCCCCCCUUUUGUAACUAAAAUCUGGAUGUGUUCUGCGGUGUUUGAUAUUCCAGGGAGCAGCCCGGAAUCCUGAGGACAUGGAUCGGGAGAGGCGAGAACACGAGCGAGAGGAGCGGAUGGGGCAGCUCCGGGGUUCAGCUACGCGGGCACUGCCCCCUGGACCUCCUGCCGGAGCCACAGCUAACCGCCUCCGCAAUGUCGCUGAGCCCAUGGCCUCCACACCCACCUCCCGCAUCCAGCAAUCUGGUGAGUAGAGGGAAGGUCACAUGCAAACCUGUUCUCUGCAUAGCAAUGAAUUGCACAGCCAUGGGCUCGUUCCUAAGUAAAGUAAAGCCUCCGUAUGUGUAACUACAGCUGCUCACCUUCUUCACUGCUGCUUGCUCUUGCCUUUCCCUUUCCUUUCCUUUCCCAUCCCUCCCCCCUCUAGCGGCGGCAGUAGUGGUGGUUGUGGGACUCUUGCCCCGUCUCUGCCCUGCCUUUAUCCUGUUCAAAAUUUAGAGUUUGAGCUCCAAGCGGAACAAACUCUUCCUCACCCCUCUUUUUCUUACAUUGCUCUGCAAAAAGCAUCAAUUUUACAAGUUAGUAAUUUGCCCCUUGCCAGGAAACACGUCCCCCAGGGCAAUUUCACGGGUGGACAGGGAGCGGAAGGUCAGCAUGAGGUUACACCGAGGAGCCCCUGCAAACAUCUCCUCAUCCGACCUCACAGGGCGGCAAGAGGUGUCACGGAUUUCAGCGUCACAGGUGGGUUCCUGCCAGCGGCCAAGUGGGGCCAGAACUGCUUCCAUCUGCUUGUGGGCUGUGGCUAGAAUUAAGAAAAUAGUAGAGUUAAGAGUAUCACCAGGUCAUGUUAAUCUGGUAGCUACCCAGUUGGUGCAAAUCCUUAUUCUGCUUCUUUGUGGGACUGCGUUAAAAAUGGCCUCCUCCUCUGAAAACGAUGGCAAUUACAUCCUUGUGUGAAAGGGGAGAAAUUACCAACCUUCCAGCUGUUGAGAAUUUAAACAUUCUGGCAGCCCAGCGUGAGAAGCAGAACAGCUAAGCUAGCUGUGUUGCAGGGCUUGUCAUACGCUGAAGUGAAAAAAAGAAUCUUUAGUCUGAAUUCUUGUGUGAAGUGCUAUCAGAAUAGUCAUGAGCCACCAAAUAUGUACAGCAAAAAUACAUUACGGCUGCUAAUCUGCUUUUCUCCCGCCAAGAUACAUAUGGCUCAGACCCAUGGGGUAUUUUGUAGAUUAAUAAUAGUACAUUGAAUUAUGCUUGGGAGUCAGUGUUGCAGUGCAGCCUAUGUGCAUUCUUGUCUGCUGAUGUCAAUAGGAGGCAGGCUCUUGCGUUCCAUACUAGUUGAACUUCCCGAUUCUUUUCAAAGACACAGCCCCAUUGCAGUGAUUUAUUCAAGUCAACAACAAAUAUGGAUUAUUUUAACCAGGGAAAAAAGGACAAAAUUCUUGGACUAGCUGGAACUGGUAGAAAAGCGCUCAUGGCUGCAGCCCUGCCUGCUUCCCCAAACUGGGAACAGGAUCAGCCAAAGGAUAUGUAUCAUGGCUGUCAACUUUUUCCUUUUCUUGCGAGGAAUCCUAUUUGGAAUAAGGGAAUUUCCCUUGAAAAAAGGGAAACGUUGACAGCUAUAAUAUGUAUGUGUGACACUGUCUCCUUGGAAUCUAGGAACCAUCAGUAGUCAUCAUUGCCUCCUUUUUUGUGGAUUUAGUUUUAGCUUUAUUAACUAAUCAUCAGUUAAAUGAUUCUUGAAUCUGCUGAAAAAGAAGUCAGCUGGGAAAUAAGGUUGAAGUGCAUUCAGUGGCAAGCCAUCUACCAGUACUUUGAUGAAAAUUAUCCUGUGUUUGUAGGUUGUUGAAUGUAUUCCUUGGAAGGAGGGGGUGGGGUCUUGUUGCAACAAGGGUGGAAGAAAGAACUUGGAUGACAUCUCUUUACCCACCCUUGCUAAAGUCCUCUUCUGCAGCCUGCUCACUUCUCUAUUUGUUUGUAGACAAGUGUGCCAUUUGAUCACCUGGGGAAGUGAAGAGAGGAUUCCACCGGACCAGUGUUUGCUUAGGUGAGUCUCUGCCUAACCCCUUCUCUUUUGUCUACAUGGUUAGUGGAUCUUCAUGGGUUAAUAGGCUUCCUUUCUGCAUGUAACCCCAGCAUAAUGCCCCAUGGUUAUAGAAAGGGCACAGUCUGUGAACAAGUGGGAUGUUUUAACAGCCCCAGCUGUUUAGAACCUAUGACAGAGAGAUCUAAACAUUCAUUCUCUCUGUGUCUCUUGGUUGGUAAAUGUUCCAGGCCUACCCAGUAUCACAAGGCCAUUUUUGAACAUUAAAGGGCAUGGCUAAACUUUGGCUAACAUGCCACGAUUAGCAAACCGUAUAGUUUAUUGCUGUGGAAACAUGUAACCCUAGGCAUAUAUUAAGAUACUGUUGAGGAAUGCAUUCACCCUACCAGCUCAACUGCUAGGAGCUACUACCUAACAGUUGUAGACCUCACCCUUGAGUCUCACUCACAUGGGACUCUUGAAAGAUGCAAUGUGCACAAUUCUUUAGCACACCAUAGCUUGCUUUCUUGUCCCCUUUGGUGAAAUCAGUUGGUUAGACUGCCUUUUCCAAAAACAGCUUUCUCUGUACUUCUUUACUUGGUUGGAAAGGAAUAUGAGGCAGGUUGCUACUUGCCUUUAUUGCAGAGGGUGAAGGAAGGCAACAGAUUAAGGGGGAAGAGCAGUGACUUGAGUCCUCUUCCCAAAAGCAUGCAGAUGUUGAUGUAGGAAUAAGCCACUGCUGAUUUUAAAAGCAGGCCUUUAUGUAGCUUACUGGACUUGGUCCUAACACUCUAGUGCCGAGAGUGCCGAUAUGUUCCCUGGCCUCACCUCCCCACCCCCCAAAAAUACAUCAUUGUAGCUUUUCCCAUCACUCCCCUCCACAUCUUAGGGGCUGAAAUUCUGAAUCAGGAAGCCUGCCCUGCUUCUGUAGGCUCGCUCUGCGAUUACGAACCCUGAUCUGAAGAAGUGUGCAUGCACACGAAAGCUCAUACCAAUGACAAACUUAGUUGGUCGCUAAGGUGCUACUGGAAGGAAUUUUUUAAAAUUUUGUUUCAACUAUGGCAGAUGAACACGGCUACCUACCUGUAACUAGAACCCUGAUCUAUCAGGGUUCUCAGUUGUGCCAGGAGCCUCUUGUGGAGCAGAGCAGCCUGCCGAUUGCAAAAGUUCAGCCCCCAACCUGUGCAAAGCUGCAGGAGUGUUGAUGGUGUCGUGAUCGAAGGAGAGGGGCCGUGGAGGGUGCCCUUGGAAUUGCAACACCCUUCUGAUUUAACUGGCCUUUCUUGCUGUGUAGAAUUUUGACUUUUCUUUGGGAGGUGGGAAGAGGCUAACUAUCCUUGUCUGAUGCUUCCAGCAUUAACUAAGGCGAGCAUCUUUUCAAUUUUGGGGCUGCUUCCAGGAUAAAGCAGUGCACGCCCACGUUGCAGAUACGUUGUGAAGCUGAGGGAAGGAACAGGAAGCACCAUGUAUACUGUUUCACAAAUGUCCUUUCCAAAGAGGGUCAGUGGCACAAUCGGCUGACACAUUUUCACAAGAGUUGCUGCUGUGUGUAGUACUAGUAGUAGUUAUUAGUCAGAUUUGUCGUAGGGUCUCCACUGUUGGAUGGGGGGAAACGUUUUUAACAAUGCUCUCUUCUUUUUCCCCCCUUUCCUUUUCUAGUGUCUUCACUGUAUUUUUCUUUUAAAAAACAAAAUAACAAAAACAAAUUUAAAAAAAGAAAAAAAAGAAAAAAACCCCAAUUUUUCCCCCCUGCCAGCAACAAGGAGAGGAGCUGCCCUAUGCUGGCGUCCGUGUCUUUUCUGAGAUCGUUGCCUGCGUUCCCGAGCCCAACUUGCCUUGGACAAAGUCACAGACGCAGGAGGAGCCUUGCCGAAACACCUCUGCUGCUGUCGCGCAGUUUCAUCUCCGUAGGCCUUGCCCCAUUUCACGCCAGCAGGCUGUGGCCAGCCACCCCCAGCUUCUCGCUCCCUUUUUUUUUUUUAAUCUGUUUGUAUCAUUGAAAAAAGGAAAAGAAAAAAAACCCACACAACACAAAAAAUCAAACCCCCGACUUCCAUAUUUUUUAAAAGUUCGGUUUGUGUAAGAUGAAAUUUGUUUCCAGCAUAAUUUUAAAUUCCGUUGGGAUUGUGGGGGGUUUUUGGGGAGGGGAGGGUCGGGGGGCGGAGGAGGAGGAGGCAGAGGAGGAUGUUUGCAGCAGACUUUUACAAUUCCAGGCCAGAGUGGUGUCAAAAGCUGGCUUUAACAUUCAUUUAAAUGUGAACUGCGGUUUCUAGCAGGCGCUGCCUUUGUGGGUGGCAGGGGCCGGGGUGGAGCAAUGGUGGAAGAAGCAUUCAGGCAUUCUUUCCCUAGGGGACACCACUGCCCCUCUGUGCAUUCACGGGCAUGUUGGGAGAUGCCGCGGGCAGACCAACGAGGCGAACAGUACUGGCACAGCGGCAGUUGCGUGCGAAGGGUGUGCAUAUGGGGUGGAGGCAUGUGCUGCGCAAGGCAGGAGCAAAUGUGAAGGACGUGGAAAUGUUGCCUGCCUCAUAUGCAGGCAGUGGGGGUGGGUGGGCGUCUCUUUUUUAAAAAAAAUUGAAACAAAACUGUUUGCGUGUGUUUAGUUUAUAUUUUUUUAAUUAUUAUUUUGUACUUCCUCAGGAGCCGGGGAGGGUGUUGAGGACAAAGGGGGAGAGGUAUGUGAAAAUAACAGUGGGGGGAGAGUCCCUGCUUUUACUUCAGGGGGUUGGGCCUCGUGUACCACCAGUUUCCCAAAGGACAACCCCAGCUCAAGACGCACAACCUCUCCUCACGAAAAGGUGUCUCCCACCCUCUGAAUUCACCCCCCAUUACUAUUUUAUUUUUUUUAAAUAAAGACUUUAGGCUUUCCUUAAGAAAACCGAUCCAUCCUGGGAUGUGCAUCGCCGCAGUCGUUACCAUGCCCUGCAGCCUCUUGCUUGGCACACUUUCUUAAUUUUAUUUUUUACUUUGGACAGUGUGGAACCAUUGGAAGUGGGGGUGGGCCUUGGCAUAUUUGGUUCUUUUUAUUCUUUCUAUUUAACACACAGCUCUUUUUAUUUUCCCCCCCUAAUUUAUUUACCCUGCUUACUGUGUCUUUCUUCCUUUCUCUCUCUCUCUCUCCUUUUUUUAAUUAAAGUAAAAAAAACAAAACUUUUUAUUACUUUUAAAAAAAACAAAAACAAAAAACCUUGAAGAACUUUGGGGGGGAUUUUGUACUUUUUUCCUGUGUAAAUAUUGGACUUUUUUGAGCUUUAUCGUGGUUGUUAAUUUGAAGUAAUAAAGUAGAAAAUGAUAAAG